AUGCACGUCCUUUUGGCGUGCAAGAGGAGGGAGGUGAGAGUGGAGAGGAGAAAGGAAGUGCCCACAGGGUGGAAGGAAAUGGUUGUGCGCACCAACUACUGUUGCAAAACAAAUGUACAGAAUUGACAUUAGGCAGCCCAGAACAGAGUUUUGGGCUGCCUAAGUCAGGUGUGCUGGUGCAACUAACAACACAAUUAACAAAAUCUAAGUAUAAGUAAAUGUAAGUAUGUGUAAUGUUAAAAGAAAAAUCUUAUGUUGGUAAGCUAGUCUCAAACUAGGAACAAUGACAAAAUGCCCAUUGCCUAUCUCCCACUCACAGUUGUUGCAAGUGCCUGACAGUACUAGAUAAGCUAUCUGACACUGGCACAGGAAGGAUAAAACACACAAUAUCACUGUUGGUGGUCACCCUGAUUGCAAUCAAUGUGUUUAGAAGAAUCCAGCUUGGAAGUAUAGAUUAUUUUAUUGCUCCUCUAUUUUCCCUUCAUUGGUCAGUUGUCAUCUGAUCUGCGAAUACAAUCAGCAUUGAGUGGAUUUCCCUCAACCCCACAACCAUCAGUCAUCUUUCCUAUUUUAUUUCUGCUACCACUUGGUAGGACCGGUUACCCAGCCCACAUGAUUGAACAGAUCUCUUGUCCAUCAUUGUUCAUCAAACUAAACUACUUAUAUGCCCCAUCAAUAAAAAUACUCAUUAUAUCCCCCUUUUUCUCUGAAUCAAGUACUGAACUAAACAUGUUUAGGCUGAGUGUGUGCUCAAUAUUUUCGAACACGUGGAGGACCAAAUAUCCGAAUUUCUGCCAAAUUGCAAUUCGGUCAAAACUAAUCUCAAAGUCUAGUUGUACAUGAAACGUGAAGCUGUAGCAUAGAUUUGCAAUUUGUGUUUUAUAGUCUUAGCAUUGGAUACUAGCCGUGAAAGCCAUAAUGCCAAGCAUUUGACUUGUGAGGCAGAAUAGUAUUACUAUUAAUAUGUGUAAUACACCUUUGAAUCAAAGUUUGGGGAUAUUCUCCAAUUGUGAGUUGUGUUUUCUUGUUGCAAACCUUGUCCUCUGAUAUUGUCUUGUGUUUUUAAAGGUUUUUAUUGACAAUAUUUUUUUUUUGCUGUAACUUUACAUUUAAUAUAUAUAUAGAUAUGUGUAAUUAGUAAAAAUAUUAGUAAAAUUUUGUUUUAAAUUGGAGUGUUCUUCUAACAAACCUCUGGUCCUGGUGAGGCCCAUCAGAUACUUACCAAAGCUCAGCAGUUUGCGUCAGAAUUCCAAAACCAGAAAUUAUACAGUUAGAUCCGGAAGUAUUUGGACACAAUUUUUAUAAUUUUGACUUUGUACACCACCACAAUGGAUUUGAAAUGAAACAACCGAGUCCCUAUUUCUCCAUGAUGUUCUCCAAAUGCUGGGAUUCCUCCUUUGUGAUGCUUUGCCAGACCUUUAUUGCAGUUGUCUUCAGUUGUUGUUUGUUUGUGGGUCUUUCUGCCUUAAGUUUUGUCUUCAGCAAGUGAAAUGCAUGCUCGAUUAGGUUGAGACCAGGUGAUUGACUCGGCCAUUGCAGAAUAUUCCACUCCUUUGCCUUAAAAAAACAUCUGGGUUGCGUUCAAAGUAUGUUUUGAGUCAUUGUCCAUCUGUAAUGUAAAAGUGCCAUCCAAUUUGGCUGAAUCUGAGCAGUCAAUAUACCCCUAUACACUUCAAAAUUCAAUCAGCUGCUUCUGUCUUCUGUCACAUCAUCAAUAAACACUAGUGAAGCCACUGAAAGCCAUGCAUGCCCAUGCUAUCAUGUUGCCUUCAUUGUGUUUUACAGAUCAGGUAGUAUGCUUCGGAUUAUCCGCCACUGUUGCUUUCCAUAAAUAUCUAAGUCUUUUUGUGUUGCAGAACUCAUCAGUGCAUUCUUUUUUACUCAGAAUGUACCAAACUGUGGAUUUAGCCACUCCUAAUGUUCCUGUUAUCUCCUGCUCCUUUGACCGCAUGUUGUGGGUUCACAGCAACAACUUCCAAAUGUGAAUGCCACACCUGGAAUCAACUCCAGACCUUUUGCCUGCUUAAUUGAUGAAUAAAUAACAAAGGAAUAGCCCACACCUGUCCAUGAAACCGCUUUUAAGUCAAUUGUCCAAUUACUUUUGGUCCCUUGAUAAAAAAGAGGGAUACAUACUAAAGAGCUGUAAUUCCUAAACCCUUCCUCCAAUCUGGAUGUGAAUACCCUCAAAUUAAAGCUGAGAGACUGCACUUUAAGCCCAUAUGCAUUAUUUAACUGUAACUUGAAUUUAGUUUGGUAAACAGCUGAAAUAACUUGUGUCAGUGUCCAAAUAUUUCCAGCCCCAUAUUAUCCAUUAUCUCAAUUUUAUCUCAGGUAGAGACACAUUCAGCCUAAACCUUUUUAUUCGCUUCUAUAUCCUGUUAAUUGAUUUUGAAAAUAUAUAUAAUAAAAAAAAAUACAAAAUACAAAAAUUAUAAUUUGAGAAUGCUUUGGCCUUCCAGUGCCACCAGCUGGCCAAUAUUAAAACACAUAAAACAUAUACACAUCUGACCAUUUGUAUUAUUAUGAUUAUUUAUAGGUCUUUUUUGACUAUUGAUAUUACUUCUGUUUCUGCCCAAAGCUGUGAGCUGACAGCACAUUUCUAACCUGAGACUGUGAUAAGCAUUCUGCUUUUAUCAAUUUGCACAUUAAUGCCAGUUCCCCUUGGUUUACAUGCAUUGACACAUGACAUCUAUAAUGGUUUUAACAUGUUUUAAUUAUAUAAAAUAUGAAAAGUGAAUUUCAUGUAACAAUAACAUAAUGACAUUAUUAUCGGCUGCAAGUAAACCUCAUUAAAGUAUUAAAAGCAUGAGGUCAUUUUGCACUUCUAUGUGUCUUGUAGGGCCUUAAGAAUUCCUAGUGGUUUUCAUGGUUUUGAUUCAUGUGAUGAAUAUCUAGCUCAAAAACAUUUUUUUUUAAAUGCAUAGAUUGCUAUUUGGGGAUGUCUAUAACUUUUAAAAUUGCAUACACAUUGAGUAAACAAGUAAUUUGCCCGUAGCCUGACAACAUUCAGGGUGCUAAAACAGUGCAUGAUACCUGUCCUCUGUGGUGACGUACAAUCACAGAAAUUAUGUCUCUUCUGUGUUCUGCUGCAUACCCACACAUUCCUUGCUUUCUGGUGCCUCAUUAUGACAUCAUAUAUGACAUGGAACCCUUCCAUUGGUCUUCUUUUAUAAUGUCUAGCAUAUACAAGUCUUUGUGGCAUUUUCUGAUGACAUAUACACCUUGUAACAUCAUGGUCCUAUUGAAACCAAUUACAACCCAGUAUAGGGUAUACAUAUACAACUUGGUGGUCCUUGUUUCCUUGCCCUAUCUUGGGUCUUGUUACCUGAAAGUGUGCUUACACUGUGUAUUUGAUGUGCUUUUUUUCUGACCUCGGCUUGUUUGACUAUUCUUGCUCUCUGUUAUGCUGACAUUGGCCUGACUAUCAACUGUGUAUUUUGUGUUAUGCUAGACCCUGGCUUGUCUCUCCUUUAUUCUCUGUCUGCUUGCUGACAUUUUAUUUAUCUGUCUCAGGCAUUAGCUAGCCCACUCUAAGGACCUGUAUGUAUUUCUUUACUGAUUUCAUUAGGUUUGCGCGUUAGGGUAUCCAUUCCUGAUAAACUGUAACUCCUAAUCAUAGCCAGAAAAAGUAAAUCUGAUACUCUGGUUACCAUGAGCCUAAAUAUUACAUUUUAUUCCCAUCUUCAUUUAUUCUUUUUUCUAACUCUGAGACACUAACCCAUGAACCUGACUCUUAAAGGUUAUAUCCCAUGUGCUUAUGUACCUAUAGUUAGCUGAGUGUCCAUGUUCCAUCUGUUUUUGGUGACUCUAAACUCUAUCUUUGUCUUCAUCGUAAUGAAUAUACGGUCAUGUUGAAGCUAGAGUUGCCAGUCCUGGCCCUCCUGUUGUUCUCCAUGGGAAUGGUUAUAAGCGUAUAUAAGCCUGCAUAGGUUUAUAAAUGCAUAUUACAUAUUUUUAAUUUUAUACAUGAUGACUGUUACAGAACCUACAGUAUUGCCUGGAAACCUCAGCCCAACGGGGUACCCAAAACCUUUUCUUUACAGUCCUUAAUAUUGCUUCCUAUCACUGAGAACAAAGACUGUUUGUGCAUUUGCAUUCCCCAAAGUGACUAAUCGUGCAUUUGGCCCUCACUGUUCGAAUACCGAAUAUUUUGUCGAACGACCGACCACCCAGAGCAGAAGUGUGCCAGCAACUAACCCUCUUGACUUGUAAAAACCUCAAACACCUCAACGUUCCAAUGGAUUAACAGGGUGGUUAGCGUCCGUCUGUGCGAACACGUGGCAGCGUCCAUUUUGUUUAGUCGAACGCACUCAGCGGUGUUUGGUUGUCGACAGCGUGGAACUAUUUUUGGCUACCUUUUUCCACAAACACCGCUGAACUUCUACCUUCUGUGCGUUCAACUAGACUCAUACAAACAAGGCGCUAAUUCGUGAGUUUAUUCAUCCGAACAAUCUGCAUCCAGUGAUAGCAGGCAUGAACAGUUCCGUUCGUGAAUUUUAUACUUAUUACAAAGGGAGAAUAGACUGUUCGAAGAGACUGAAAUUGUGGAACUAUUUUGGGCAGAAAAAUGUGCGAGCGGUCGGUCACAUCCACCUUUUCACUAACACCCGAACCACUGGUCCAAUUCAUGCCAUUUUUGGAUAUGUUGUUUCCCUGAAUGUAUGGGUUAUUAAAAUGUAACUUUUAUUAAGAUCCUAUGCAUAGUUUUAACGUUAUGGAAAAUGCAGAAAAGUAUAUUUUUUUAGCUUGGAGAUAAUGGAGCUGAUAUAACGAUUAACUCAAUUAUCUCCUAAGCAGAGGGGAGGAAUGUAUUGUAAUUAAUAAGUGUGCUUUUACUGUACAAUUGUAACUGAUUGGCUGCUGUAUUUCAUUUGUCAGUGCCCCACAAGGUCCACGUGGGUGGUAACCUUACUGUAAAACCUGCAUAAAAGCAGCUGCUUGUGUGGUCAUUAAAUCAGUUCUGCUUAACCCUUCAAAAUGUAGCCUCGUCUCAUUAUUGAAAGGGAACUGCUCAGCAUAAUCACUAGCUCUAUUAAGAGCUCUGCUUUACUCUCUACUCUGAUCCAGCGGAUGGGAUAGCGCAUCUCCACUACAGCACAGCAUCUUGCCAGGAAGAAGGACGUCUCCAACGGCUGAUACCCCUCUACAACCUGGGUAGCCGUUACAAUGACAUUUACUCCAGAUAACUAAGACUCCUAGAUAUUUCAACUAGAUUGUACAAUGGAUUUUAGACUGAUGUCCUCAAACCCAGAGUCAGGAAGAUAUUUUUUCUCUAUGUCUCCAGUCUACUGGUAUCAUGAUUUUACUACAUUCAUAUGAUGGUUUGCAAAUUAUUUUUUAUAUACUGUGAUUUACAUUGUAGUGUGAUGUAGGGGCAUUCAGUAUUCAUGUAGUAUCAAUAUCAUCAGUUACAAUAUCAUGUGUAUAUCUAUAGGACACAAUAGAGGGAUUGGACAAUACACAAUCAAUACACAAUGGUAAAUGUACGAUUGUUAAUCCUUUACAGAAAAAUGCUUGCAAUUGACAUGGCAUGGACAUUAUGAGUCAAAAGAUAUAUGUUUUAAAAAUUUUAUGGUAUUAACUGCACUUGCCCUUAGUCUUCUGAAGUACAGAGGAAUAAUGUGCCAAGCAAAACCAUGAAUUGUUGGAUAUUAAAUCUUAAUAGCAAAACUGGAACUAAAAUAUCUGUGACUGUAACAGAGCUGGAUAUUUUUCAGAAUACCUAUUUAAGCCUAAAUUUUACUAUUCUGAUUUAAUUCUGUAAAUUCUUAUUAAGCAACAAUGUAAGUGAUUAACCAAGACAAACACAUUGGUAUUUUUGUUAUUAAUAAAUGUGUCUUUGGUCAUCCAAACAAUAUAAUCUUUCUCUUAGGUCACAUAUUUCACACAUAUACAAACUGUUCUACAAUGUAUUAGCAUUACUUUUUUUUCAUUUUUUUUUUUUUCUUUUCAUUUUCAAUUAUGAUGAAUUGAAUUUUGGCACUUAACAAAUGCUCAUCGUGUCCUAGAGUAAUUAAGUCCAAAUGUACUAUAUAUUGAUUAGAUAAAAAUAGGAUUUUAAAAUAGAUUAUUUAAGGUAAUUUUCAGGUGACAAAACUGCCUUAAGCUCUCCUUACAAAAAUCUAAUUGAAUGAAAUUCCUCUGCAUAUUCCAUUUGAACAAUCUGUCGAUGUAAUUACUUUGCAGAUAUGUUUUAAUGAGUAUAUUUAAAUUGAGAAUACCUAUAUCUGUUACAUAAAACAGUCAGUCCUUUUCAAGAAUAUUUAAUUUACAGAUUCUUAGGGCUGUAGUCUAUUAAAUGUAUUAAAUGAGAUCAAUGUAUCUGCUUUUUUUAAUCUCACAUUUGUCUAAUGUAUUUUUGGAACAAUAGAAUUGGUUAUCUGUAUUUGAUACUGGUGCAUAAGAAAUAUAAUCCAUCUUUUGGUAUGUUAAAAUAAAAUGAUAAUACAUUUAAAAUACAUUUACAUUUUUAAGCCUGUGGUUUGAGGGUACAUGGAUUUUCAAAAUGAACAUCUACAAUCUUAUCAUCAAAUAAAUGUUAAACUUGAGGUUUUUAAUUUUUAAACCUUGCAUGUUAUAGCAUGGACUGUUUCUGUUUCAUUUAGAUAAAAGCUAGCAAGGAUGAUGUAAAUGUAGAGCAUUUGGACAAAGAGCCUGAAGAGAUUUAUGUAGACAUGGUGCCAUAUGCUGAUGGUAAGUUAUCCGAUUUUCAGAUUUUUGGUACUUUUAUUAAAGUAAAAUUUUUUGGCAUAUAUUAUUUCGAUUUUUUUAUUUUAAAUUAUUUUUUUUAAUUUAUCAUUUAGAAUAUAUUUUCAACACUGCAAAAUGUAAAAGCAGUUGUAUAAAAAUCAAUACAGAAAUAAGCGUAAUCAGUAAAGUUUAGAAAGAAAAAUGUUUGCAUGUGCAGGCAAUAUAAAGGUGACAAGACUAAAAGACCAAAUACAUUUAAGAGAAUAUACUUUCUCAAUUAAACUUCAAGAACUAUUCUUCGUCAGUUUCAGAAGACUGCAACUGAAAGUAGGUUAGAAUGAUAUCACUAUAGUUCGGAUAAGAGGUUCAAUAAAAAGGAAAAAGAAAAUAUUCACUAACAAAGUACUCCACCGCCUAUCUUAGCACAGAAGGAGUGAUGCUUCUAACAUCCCAUUUAUGUGAGUGCAUUGGUUUAGAGGCAACUGAAGCCCAAUGCUUACAGAAGUAAAUUGGAGGUGUUGGCCUUCAUGAUAAGUGACCUGGGGAUCUGCAUCUAUAUGGAAUUUUUGAAUCUCUCAGGAGUUUAACAGUAGACAAUGAUUUCUGUCAAUUGAAUGAGUUCUGGUAGAAGGAGAGGCUAUAGAGAUCAAACUAGAGAGGAGUUUUCGCUUUCACCACAAACAAAAACAAAUGGGAACAUCCCGUUGAGCAACACCAGAUAGUCUAAGAGACUUGGGAAGAAGUAUGUCCUUCCAAAGAUAAGUGAUUUGCCUCCUUACCAUACAACAAUGUCAUAAAAGCCAUCUAAAUAGUUGUGGGAAUUCCCCAAUAUCCACUCUGGCAGCUGUGACAACUGUGCCUGUGCCUCUGACUUUAAUUGAUGCCUCAUCUAAGGUGUCCACAUCUUUUAUUUGAGUAUCCAUGUUAGUUUGUUUACUUUUAAUGUCCAGAGUAAUUUCCUCCACAGAGUUAAAGUCCUAAAAAAGUCAAAUAUGCUGUUAAAGUGCCCAAAUGUAUAUCCUAGGGUGUUAUAUUAACAUAUAACACUCUCCUGACAGGCCCUUCAACUCUCCUCACUAUCGGCAGGCAAAAUGUUAAAAGUACAGAAAUGGUCAAUCCUUGUCAUGCUGGCACCUACAGCAAACUAUGACUUUACAUACCUCCUCUUUAUGUAUCUUCUCUAUAUUUUGCUGCACGUACCUGUAGGUAUGUUGUGCAUAAAGACACAUACUGAAAAAAAGCAAACAUUCUCACUUUAAAAAUCACAAAUAUAUUAAUACUUGUCUAUUAAACCCCCUCAUCAUUGAUUUUGUUCUAUGGGAUAAUCGUCUAUCUUUUUCCACUGUGAGAUUUUAAUAGUCAAAUGCCAAAAUAAGAACAAUGUAUCACCUCCUAAAAUGUCUUAGAUAGUGAUGUACCGAACGGUUCGCCGGCGAACGGUUCCUGGCGAACAUAGCAUGUUCGCGUUCGCCACGGCGGGCGAACAUAUGCGCGGUUCGACCCGCCCCCUAUUCGUCAUCAUUGAGUAAACUUUGACCCUGUACCUCACAGUCAGCAGACACAUUCCAGCCAAUUAGCAGCACAGCCUCCCUAGCAGACCCUCCCACCUACUGGACAGCAUCCAUUUUAGAUUCAUUCUCAAGCUGCAUGCUUAGUAAGAGGAGGGAAAGUGUAGCUGCUGUUCAUAAGAUAGGGAAAAGCAUAGCUAGGUUAGGGAUAAGGGUAUGCUUUUUUUUUAUUUUUUUUUUCUAUGUAAUGUAAAUGCACUUAGUUGUCUGCCACUGCUGCCAGCUUCUGUGUCAGGCUCACAGUGCCCAUUUCCCCAGUCAGUGCCACCACUUACAUCUGGUGUCACAAUAGCUUGGAUUUAAAAACAAAAAACUUUUUUCACUGUUAUAGAUUGAAUAGUAGUCAGUUGUCUGCCACUGCUGCCAGCUUCUGUGUCAGGCUCACAGUGCAUACUGCGCCCAUUUCCUCAGUCAGUGCCACCACUUACAUCUGGUGUCACAAUAGCUUGGAUUUAAAAACAAAAAACUUUUUUCACUGUUAUAGAUUGAAUAGCAGUCAGUGUCCUUAAAGCGGGUGUGUUACGCUAACAGUGGAUACGCUGACCAGUGCCACUAAUUAGAUCUGGUGUCACAAUAGCUUGGAUUUAAAAAAUAAUAAUCUUUUUUCACUGUUAUAGAUUGAAUAGCAGUCAGUGUCCUUAAAGCGGGUGUGUUACGCUAACAGUGGAUACGCUGACAAGUGCCACUAAUUAGAUCCUGUGUCACAAUAGCUUGGAUUUAAAAACAAAAAACUUUUUUUACUGUUAUAGAUUGGAGGAGGGCAGCAGUUAGUUAUCUUCAGCGGGUGUCAGGCCUACAGCCUGUACUCUCUGCACACACACAACUGUGCCAGUGCACAUUACCACUAUAUCUGGUCUCACAGUAGCUUGCACGCAUAGUACCACUAAUCCCAACAAAAUGACAGGCAGAGGCAGGCCACCCACUUGGGGGCUCAUAAAAUGGUCAUUAGUUGCUGUGAUUCCCUUCGGCCCUAGAAUAAUGCCCAGUUUUCAGAGGCCACGUACCCUGAACUUGAAAAGUUCUGAGGACAUAGUUGACUGGCUAACACAGGACACCCAAUCUUCUACAGCCUCCGCUCAGAACCUUGACGCACCAUCCUCCUCCAGCUUAGCUUCAGGCACCUUUCAAGAUACCACUCACCCGCCUGCCGCCACCACCAAAACUAGCACCACAGCCGCUUCGGUUGGUAUGUCAGAGGAGUUAUUCACACAUCCGUUUGAAGAAAUGAGUGAUGCGCAACCAUUAUUGCCAGAGGAUGUAGAUAACAGGGAUAUGUCUCAGGCAGGCAGCAUUACACACAUGGACGUACGGUGUGAUGAUGAUGAUGAUGUUGCACCCGCUGCUGCUUCCUUUGCUGAGUUGUCAGAUACAAGUGAAGCGGUUGAUGAUGACGAUGCGUCCAUGGAUGUCACGUGGGUGCCCGCUCGUCAAGAAGAAGAAGAACAGGGCGAAAGUUCAGAUGGGGAGACAGGGAGGAGGAGGAGACGAGUUGGAAGCAGGGGGAGGUCGUCGCAAGGAGCUAGUGGCACAGUCAGACAGCAUGCAUCGGCACCCGGGGUCAGCCCGACAGCGCGCCAAUCAACGCAUGCUGUGUCCACCACCAGAAUGCCGUCAUUGCAGAGCUCAGCAGUGUGGAAUUUUUUUUGUGUGUCUGCCUCUGACAGCAGCGAUGCCAUUUGCAACCUGUGCCAAAAGAAACUGAGUCGUGGGAAGUCCAACACCCACCUAGGUACAACUGCUUUGCGUAGGCACAUGAUCUCACAUCACAAACGCCUAUGGGAUCAGCACAUGAGUACAAGCAGCUCGCCUACUCUAAGCCGCCAGCCUCCUCCUGGUCCAGCAUCUUCAGCCACGUCAGCCACUGCUGUCCUCCUUGUCCCCUCUCAACCAUCCGCCACUCCGCCUCCCGCCUUGAGCAGUUCACGCUCAUCUUCCAUAACCUCCUCGGGCUGGGUCCUGUUCUGCUGCUGCUGUGUAUUGCUCCCAUUAAAGGUUGGUAACAGUGAUUAAACUGAUAACAAUAGUACUAAACACCACUCUCACUCACUGGUGUCACAAUAGCUUGGAUUUAAAAACAAGAAUUUUUCCCUGUUAUAGAUUGAAUAGCAGUUGGUUAUCUUCAAACUGGUGUGUCGGCCCUACUGGCGUGUGCUCUGCCAGUCUGCCACCUCCUCUACUCCUCCUACUCCAUCCUCUUCCACUGUACCUCCUCGGCUUAGUCCUCUUCUGCUGCUGCGUCUUGCUCCACAUCAAUGGAUGGUAACAGUGAUUAAACUGAUAACAAUAGUACUAAACACACCACUCCUAUCUGGUGGCACAUUAGAUUGCACGCGCAGUGCCCCAAAUUUGUUGUGAUCUGUGGGUAAGGUAAACGGUUGUCCAUACAAGUAGGUUGCAGCUUUUUGAGGGCCCACACCACCGCUAUGCACUCCUUUUCAAUGGCAGUGAAUAUACUUCGCUGUGCAAAAGUUUACGGCUUAGAUAAGCCCGGGUUGCUAGCCACCAUCUGCUCCGACUUGGCUCAAUACUGCUCCCAAUCCAAGCAUAGAAGCGUCUGUAUGGACGAGAAAGUGUUUAGUUGGAUCAGGAGAAGAAAGUACAGGUGAUUUAAGGAGCGCCGUCUUGAGCUGUUGGAAGGCCUGUUCACAUUCUGGGGCCCAUACUGCUAUCUUGGGGAGGUUUUUACACGUUCCUAUAUGGCACUUACUGGGCUUUAGGGUCAGUCCGGACUCCCUAAUCCGGUCUAUUACGGCUCCUAUGUGGGUCAGGUGUUCGGGCCAGGAGCUGCUAAAAAUGUCUAUACCAUCCAAGUAGGUGUGUAUCAGUGUGUAUCAGGGAUCCUUAGGACAGGUGUCAAUCCAUAUCACCUUAGUGACCCUAUGUUGGGGAGUAACAUUCCCUAUUCUGAUCUGUGUCAGUGUGUAUCAUGGAUCCUUAGGACCAGGUGUCAAUCCAUAUCUAUAAAGUGACCUAUGUUGAAUUAACAUUCCUAAUUCUGAUCUGUGUCAGUGUGUAUCCAGGGCUCUGAGGACGGGUGUCAAUCCAUAUCUGCCAUGUGACCCUAUGUAGGAGGAACAGUCCCUAUUCUACUCUGUGUCAGUGUGUAUCAGGGAUCCCUAGGACAGGUGUCAAUCCAUAUCUGCCAGAGUGACCCUAUGUAAAAGGCCUGAUGAGAUGAGCUGCCUUGGGCUAAAAAUGGUCCACACGCUGCUGUAUUUUUAGCUCUGAAUGCCGCUUGACUUGCGUGACUUAUCCGCCACCAACUAGGGUUCAAGCCGCCAGUGUGUACUUUAUAAAUGGCUUUAUAAAGCGGUGUGUACUUUAUAAAUGGCUCCACCUGCCACCCGUACAGCAACACAGUCUCCAGUUAGGAGGACCAACCAAGCAUCUUCUUCCAUCUGCCUGUUACAGAAAUUACUGCGUGUACACGACCACUGAUAGGAGACGCAGAAGGUAUUAAACUGAUAAAAAUAGUACUAAACACACCACUCCUAUCUGGUGUCACAUUAGCUUGACCGCGCAGUGCCCCAAAUUUGCAGUAAGGGGACCGACCAAGCCUCUUCUUCCAUCUCCCUGUUACAAAAAUCAAUGCCGUGUACACGUCCACUGAUAGGAGACGCGGAAGGUAUUAAACUGAUAAAAAUAGUACUAAACACACCACUCCUAUCUGGUGUCACAUUAGCUUGACGCGCGGUCCCCCAAAUUUGCAGAAAAGGGACCGACCAAGCCUCUUCUUCCAUCUCCCUGUUACAAAAAUCAAUGCCGUGUACACGUCCACUGAUAGGAGACGCGGAAGGUAUUAAACUGAUCAGAACAAUACUAAACACACCACUCCUAUCUGGUGUCACAUUAACUUGACAGCGCAGUGCCCCAAAUUUGCAGUAAGAGGACCGACCAAGCCUCUUCUUCCAUCUCCCUGUUACAAAAAUCAAUGCCGUGUACACGACCACUGAUAGGAGACGCGGAAGGUAUUAAACUGAUAAAAAUAGUACUAAACACACCACUCCUAUCUGGUGUCACAUUAACUUGACAGCGCAGUGCCCCAAAUUUGCAGUAAGAGGACCGACCAAGCCUCUUCUUCCAUCUCCCUAUUACAAAAAUCAAUGCCGUGUACACGUCCACUGAUAGGAGACGCGGAAGGUAUUAAACUGAUAAAUUAAACUGAUAAAAAUAGUACUAAACACACCACUCCUAUCUGGUGUCACAUUAGCUUGACCGCGCAGUGCCCCAAAUUUGCAGUAAGAGGACCGACCAAGCCUCUUCUUCCAUCUCCCUGUUACAAAAAUCAAUGCCGUGUACACGACCACUGAUAGGAGACGCGAAGGUAUUAAACUGAUCAGAACAAUACUAAACACACCACUCCUUUUUUUUUGGUGAGGCUUUACAGGACAGAGUGCUUCUCCACGGGACAUGUUAACUCACAGGCAGUUGGCUCAUCAAGGAACCAGAGCAGCUUUCCAUGUACAGGUAAGACACGUGCAGCCGGUAAGGGUUCAGGCUCUUCUUCCUGGAGGAUACGCUGCAAGCCUGUUGAACGAGGUGACCUUGCUCGGGUCCCAGGUGUGCGGUUCCUAAAAUGGCUGCCAUAUAAUUCCCAUCAGAUAUUAGAGAUUGAAGGGUAUUAAACUGAUCAGAACAGUACUAAACACACCACUCCUAUCUGGUGGCACAUUAGCUUGACCGCGCAGUGCCCCAAAUUUGAAUUAAGAGGACCGACCAAGCAUCUUCUUCCAUCUCUCUGUUACAGAAAUCACUGCCAUAUCCAUACAAAUUGUACAGAAUGUCCAGGAUAGUUUUCCAGGGACAAAUGUUGUCGCCUGUUGAACGAGGUGACCUUGCUCGGGUCCCAGGUGUACGGUUCCAAAAAUGGCUGCCAUAUACACGUCCACUGAUAGGAGACGCGGAAGGUAUUAAACUGAUCAGAACAAUACUAAACACACCACAAAUAAGGUUUCUCUCCUGUAUGGCUCCUCAAAUGAUGCUUAAGAUUAGAAGCGGCUGAAAAGCAUUUCUCACACUCAACAAAAAUAUAUUUUUUUAACAUUCUCUCCACUUUGAACGAAAUGACGUUUGGGAAGAGAUUAACAUAAUUAAACACAGGCAGUAAAAAUACAGUUUUUAGCCAUACACUGUAACUUUAAAACCACACAUCCCAUCUUCAUAAUUACAUAUUUGGAAUCAGCACACUUAAAACAUAAACAUAACCAAAAAUCAGCCAAAUCCAUCCAGGGGUUAAAAAGUUAGCUUGAGGUCCCUUUAUGACCGACCGCAAGCACAUUUUCCUGCCCAAAACCGUUCCAUAGAUUUGGGCUGUGAGGUUGGUCUAUUUCAGGUUGAAAAAACGACUAAGUCCCAUCGCCGAAUUGGACUUAGUCUCUGCAGCUGAAAUAAAGGCUGAAAAAACGGGUGCUGAAAAGACCACGGCCCCCACCGGCUGGUCGGCCCCUUAGCCGGAAAUAAUUUCCCAUUUACUGAACCAAGUGGGAAAUAGCAAGGCAGGCACAAAGGGUUUGCACCCACAGGCUCCAGUAUCACAGGGGACACCGCCUUAAAGGGGUCAACAAGUCUGGGGACACUGUCUUAAAGGGGCAGUGUCCCAAUCUUCCUGAUGUCCCAAAAAGGUGCUUAAAGGGCCAGCACCAGUCACAUAAAGAGUCCAUAAGCCCCAAUAUGCCCACCGACAGUCUUAAAGGGCCAUACACACCAAAUAAAAGUGCAUACAUUUUCACAAUCUCCCAGGGGUCAUAGUCAUGCGGGAGGAGGCUGGCAAAUAGGCUUCUCCACAACCCAGGGAAGCAGGGCAAUUUUCAAUUUAAAGGGUCCGUUACAAAUAGCAGUUUGUGGUCAAUCCAUAUCUGCCAAGUGACCCUAUGUAGGGGACCAGUCUCUAUUCUGCUCUGUGUCCGUGUGCAUCAGGGGCUCUGAGGACAGGUGUCAAUCCAUAUGUCAAGGUGUCAAUAUGUCAUAUGUCAGGUGUCAAUCCAUAUUCAUUGUGAUUUAGGAAUGUUAGGUGAUUUCUGCCCUUUAUGGAUUAAAACCAGACUCUGUAUCAACUGUGUAAUUUUCCAUGGGAGUUUUGCCAUGGAUCCCCCUCCGGCAUGCCACAGUCCAGGUGUUAGUCCCCUUGAAACAACUUUUCCAUCCCUAUUGUGGCCAGAAAGAGUCCCUGUGUGUUUUUAAAAUUCGCCUCCCCAUUGAAGUCAAUGGCGUUUCGGGCGGUUCGCCGGUUCGCGAACAUUUGCGGAAGUUCGCGUUCGCCGUUCGCGAACCGAAAAUUUCGGGUUCGCGACAUCACUAGUCUUAGAGUUGGAGGGUGCAUUAUAGAGAAAGAGCAAGGUAGAUACAUGUAGAUUGGUAUAGGUGUAUUAGUCAAGAUCUGAAUAAGACAUGAAACUCUUAAAAGACAGUUUUCUAAUAUAUUUUGUUAGUCCAAUAAAAUAUAAAUUAUUGCAGUAUCCAGUGAUUUCUCGCUGUCUAUGUUUCUCUAUGUUUCCUAAAUAUUUUGAUAAAAUCCAUUGCUCUAUCUAUCUAUCUAUCUAUCUGUCUAUCUAUCUAUCCUAAAUUAUUAUGCAUUACAGUGACACAAACCAAUCACAGGAUUCCUAGCUCUAUUUAACCACCCCCAGACUGGUAAGUUUUGUGUUGUAGUGGUUUCCAUUGUGAUAAUCCUAACAACCUGGAAGCGCCUCUAGAGGCUGUCUGGUAACCCUGUAAUAUAUUUAUUGCAGUUUUUCAAUAACUGCAAUAAUUGCAAUUAAACGGUUAAAGUGUCAGGUACUGUACCCAAACCCCUUCAAUGAGCUGAAGUGGCCUGGGUGCCUCCCUUUAAGCUCUUUGUGUUCGGCCUGGAAUAACCAUGACACAAUACACAGCAUACAUCAAUGUACAGGCUGCUAAAUAAGCAAAUACAUUUAAUUUAUACAUUGGAAUAUAAUGUCUAAUAGUCUAUUUAAGUUGCAUCUUGCCAUAAAUAUUCACAACCUUCUCACACAGGGGAAGGUUGUGACCAUGGAUCAAAGGAGAGUACAUUUGAUGAAAGAGAAGAAAUUUCACACAAUGAAACUGUAGAGGAAAAUGAUAACGUGUAUCCACAGAAUGAAGACUCCAGUGAAAACCUGCAAUUAACAGGAAAUGCUAAGAGCCCUGAAGACAUUUUAGAAGGUAUUUUUUAUGAUAUAUUAAGUAUAUUUGUUUCAUAAAUUAAACUUUGUUAAAAUUUUGAAAGUCAUAUAAACUAUAGAUAAUAACAUGAUAGGAUACUACAUUAAAUAUUGAAUUUACUUGUAGGUCAACCUAAAAUAAAUGGUUCCAGGUUCUUAGUAUCUCUGGACUAGAACUUUGGGCAAACCUCAUCAAUUAAAUGUGAAAUGUCAUGUGAUUUUGCAUUUGUACCUUGAGACUUAAAGCAGAAUAUUUGAUUUGUCUGUUUGUUUUCUACCUAGUAUAAAAGGGACAUUCUAUAACUACUACAGCUGGUUAUGGUAAAAUGAUUGUUAUCAGUUUCCCUUGAGUGAAAGACAUGUUAUAAACAAACCAAAAAAAAGUGUUGUGCUCAAAAUAGAUAAAUGCUUAUCAGAUAUCUUUGCAAAACAAUCUGUAAAAAAAUAACACAAAAAAAUAAUGAUAUAUAGGAAGGCUGAGCCUUUAAACAAAGCCUAAAGUUAUGGGAAGGGUUACAAGGUCUAUAAAACACAGGCUUCCCCUUCAUCUGAGCUGAGACUGCCUGGUUCAGUACAGAACCAUCUACUUCUGGUUCAAAGGUCAUCAACACAAACUACACAAACUCCAAACAAGCUGGUCUUGGCCUUGUGCAACCUACGUAAAUAUUCACUUUGCCUAACUCGAGUAAAGAGCAGCCACCUUACUCAAAGCUCUCAUACAUCCGCUAAUUCUCAUACUGGCCAGUCCGCUACUCAUGAAUCUCAAUUAGCUCUUUUGGACUUCUUCUCCUAUACCUUGACACAUGGUCCUCAGGCCUUUACUACAAAUGCUUCAUUUGGCCCUUGGUGGUCUUACCACUACAACUUAUGUUUGCCUUCCUGCUGCUUGGGGGUUAUAUGUUGACCUAUUAUACUAUAUUUAAGUACAUCACUUGGUGUACAAAUAAAAAUACAAAUAAUAAAUAAAUAUUAAAAAAAAUAGAUACAAAUGCAGAAAGAUAAGUACUGCGCUGACUCCCAUCACUGGGCGGCACCAACGACAACAGUACACAUCAGCCCCAAUAUAUAGUAAAAACCAAAGAAAACAAGUUACCUCCCUAUGUAUUUUUAUACAAAUGGAGGUUUUUUAGUUACCUCCAGUGGCCAUGAGAGGAUAAGCUCACCUCCCAACAUCAAGGCAGACCCCCUCAGGUGGGUCCUAGCUCUAAUCAUUCACCUUGCUUCCUUGAGCUUCUGGCAAAAAUCCCUAAUGAGAAAGAAAGGGGUAUUCUUUAUAUACACCCCUAUAUAUUAUUAACUCAUAAUAGGGAACACAUGUGAUGGGCAGCUGCAUUGUAACAAGGCUGAGUGAUACUAAAAAUGGAUACAAAUGCAGAAAGAUAAGUCCUGCGCUUCUGGCAAAAGAUCUCUAAUGAGGAAAGAUCUCUAAUGAGACAUAAAUAAAAUAGAUUUUACAACAAGUAGACCAGAUCGAACUACAGAGCAUCACAACUGUCCAUUUCACAACUCCUACAACCUUGGUACGAAUAACCUGCAUUUAUAUACAUCUCAUGCAUUUAUAUACAUCUCAUGCAGCCUAUUAUCCACCCGGGAGUUCAAGAUAUAUAUUUGUCACAUCAGCCUCCCACUGCAAUACCUCUUCAUGCAGCCCUCACAACAUAUGUUACACACGGCCCUCUAUGGGCAUUCAACUGUGACACAAUUUUGAUCCCUCAUUUGGGCAAUUACAUAAGACAUAAGAAUUAAAUAUAGUAAUCUUGGCCUUCCACUGCAGUACCCCUACAGGCGGCCCUCACUCCAUACGUUACAUAUGGCCCUCCAUGGGCAAUCUACUAUGACACAAUUUCGGCCCCUCAUUUUGGGCAAUUACAUACGACAUUUCUUUCUUUACAAGGGUCUACUACAAUCCUGUAAUACUGUGCUUGGCUAUUCUGCUCGGCCUUGUUAGAGAGGGUCACACAAUUCCUUUCUAUAUGACCCUCUCUCUGCACUCUUGAGAACUUAAAACCCCUCAUUACACAUUUAACCAUAUUCAGGCCUCUUUGGUCUGUCACCGUUUUACUGAAGCCUCAUAUAAUCCACAACUCCUGUCACAAGCACUUAUUUGAUCUCCUAUUUUGCUUCCUCCUAAUAAACUAAGGAUAUUAAAAAUGUUUUCAUACUUCAGGUUCUUGUGGAAAGACACACAGUUGGAACUCUUAAUUUGAUGCAUUACUACUAGGUAUCUCUCUUUGAUAUCCAUAUUGAUUGGCCUAGGCUUAUGCUCAUAAUCAUAAGUCACAUUAUUAUCUAAGUUUCUACUAAGCCUAUUUAUCAUCCUGUUGUUGAUGUUUUAAUCUAUAACCCCAACAGGUAUAUUAUACCCUUAUCUCAAUUACCAUUUACAUCACCCUGGACAUAUUCCCAUUAGCAUUCUCAUUGUGUCUUAAGGUUUCUCUCUAUGAUAUUCCUUUUUCAAGCUCAACCACACACUAGUUGGGCAAAAUACAUAUGUUCCAACACACUUCCCAUCAAUUCAUUAUGUUUCUAUUCCUCUACAUUCUUUAGGGAUAUAGGGGUAUUGUUGCUAACCAUAUUCUAGGACAACUCCCAUCCUCACGUGGAGGUAUUAGUCAGUCGGCCCAACUCAUAUCAAGAGCCUCGCUCCAACCUCUCCAGGUUUAAGAUAGACCUGUCAUGGCCACUCAUUUGAAUCUCUUACUUGUGACCAAGAGGCCAACAUCCUCAUUACUUUGUUUGGUGUCCUCAGUACCUUGGCCAAUUCAUAGAGCCUUUCACUGCCAUUUGGCGUUUAGUAGGGCCUCUUGUUUUGUUAAUUUCUUAACCAUUUCUGCACUAUGCAAGCCUCAUUUACUCUUGGAGUCAGAAACCCCUAACUCAGGUUUUCCUAACCCUUCCAUGGAGUACCAUACUUUAUACCCCUUACUUCCAUCCUCAAAGGUAACAUCACCAGUUGCAACCCAGCACAUGAGCUCUCUUCUCACAUUUUAUUACAUUAGCAAAUUUAGUUCCCCUGUCAAUAAGGAAGGAUAUAUUGGAGGGCUAAGCCUUCAAUUUGAUCUCCUUUUUAAUUGCCUCCUAGAAAAUCAUAGAGAACUAGGAAUACUGCCAGGAAGACUUGUCAAUAGAUUUGAAAGCUAGGGACACCAGACUGAACAAACUCCUGUACUAUGACCAAAAACCUCAGCCAAAUCCGCUUCUUAGCUGUUGGGGAGGGAUCCUGGAGCGCUUCAACCCCAGUCGCCAAAGCUUGAUUGUGGUUUCUCUGGAGCUUUUCCACCUGACCAGGCUGCAGCUCUCCUUCCAGGCAGGUAUUGUCUCCUAUGCCUAUUCCUUUGCAGUUCUGCUUAUAGUGCUUGCUAUUGCCUUUAAAAAGGCAUCACCAGUUGCAACCCAGCACAGUGUGGCCAGCCUCUUCUGGGGAGCCCAGGAGCUGGCCACCUCAGGGCCUCCUGCUUUUCUUGCUUCCAAAGCUCAGCUUGCAGGACAGCUUGCUACAGGAGACACAAUAACUUCCAAAGUCUCUCACUGCAAGACUUGAAACUCCUGGUAUCAAGUGUGUGAGAACAGACCAGGUUCAGAUACUUCUGAUACCAUUUUUCAGGCGAUAUAAAUAAAGACACUGCCAGGUAUUAAUGUAUAGCAGCCAUGUUUCAGGAGAUACAGGAAGGAAGCAUACAACCAAACAUAACAUCCAUAACAGCUUCCUUAUGAAUUCCAUAAACCCCCCAAAUUGUCAUAUCUUUCAGGAGAGAGUCUAGGUAAAACCUAGUGGCUAAAAGGGGUACACCCAGGGAGUCACUUUUAACAGGGCUGCUGUGUACUGGGUCUCCAGGAACAGAGAGGAUGGACUCUCCUGGCUUUUCAAAGUGGCUUGGUGAGCAUAAAAUGAAACAGUAAACCUUUUUAUUUUAUUUGUAUUUAUUUUUUUAAAAGGAGAAUUUAUACACAGCCAGGUAGGACAGGAAAAAAAGACUGAAGAACCUGUCUGGUAGGAGGGUUAUUUAUAGCUUUUAUUUCCUGUCCUAAACAGCCAAGUGGGCAGAGCCAACCUUAUUUUAAUGCUGCCAUGGAUUAGCUAGAAAGGAAAUCUUCUUGAGCAUAAACUAUGGAGGUAGACAAAACCAGGAACCCCUCAAUGAAACACUAUAACAUCAUAUUGUAUUACUAUACAAAGAAAAACUGGUUUCUUUAAACAAUUAAUGGAGCAUCACACAAAAAUAAUUCUUACCAGAUGAUUAUAUUCUUUUUUUCCUCUUAGGAUGAAUGUACUAGUUGAUAAUUAUAUGAUGUCUAAUGUUUAAUUCUCAUCAUUUUGUGUUUAUUUAAUAAUUGUAUAAGAUACAUAAAUCUUUUAAUAAUUACAUGCAAUCUGUAUGCAUCUUGAAGCCAGUAAGAAUCAUUAGAUUGUAACAAACAGUCAAAUGCUUUUGAUUUUCCUGUCAAAAAAGCUGACGUUUUAAUUAGCUAGGUUAGAAAUCCAAUGUGCAAGCAUGCUUUCUUGAGAUAAGAUAAUAUGGGAUCAAUUAGGCUCAUCAUGGCAAUGUUAAUGCAUUUUGUAGGAUUCCUUGCUGUUUGUGUAUGCAAUUUUUCCUAUUUACACAUUUUAUAAAAUGUUCCCAGAAGAAAGGACUUACAUUAAAAAUAAAUAACUAAAUACAAUGCACCACUAAAUGGUAUAAUGUCAGACUAAAGAGUGGCUCCAGAACAGCAUUUACCGACAUGCAAAAUGUGGGAAAAUGCUGCCAAACUAUUCUAAGAUUGUUCACAUUCGAGUAAUCUACAUAACCCUACUAUUUAUAGCUAAUGCAGUGGCGGAUCCAGAGCCUGAUCUCGGGAGGGGCACUUGUAGAUUAUUUAAAUAAAUAAUCCAGGCACAAUAACUACUACAGCUCAGUGUAGUAGUUAUGGUGUCAGUAGUGCCAGGAUUACACCCCAGAGUAAGUAGUCAUACUGUUUAAGAACAGUUUGACAACUUACCUGGGGUCUGCUGGGAUAUAGGGUAUAGGAGCAGUGGUGUGUGUUAAGGGUGAAGUGUGUGAGUGCGGCAGUGUAUGUCAGGGACAGUGUUUGUGGGGCAGUGUGUGUAUGGGGACAGUGUUUGUGGGGCAGUGUGUGUGUAUUGGGACAGUGUUUGUGGGGCAGUGUGUGUAUGGGGGGCAGUGUGUGUAUGGGGAUAGUGUUUGUGGGGCAGUGUGUGUAUGGGGACAGUGUGUGUAUGGGGGACAGUGUUUGUGGGGCAGUGUGUGUAUGGGGACAGUGUGUGUAUGGAGGGGCAGUGUGUAUAUGGGGACAAUGUUUGUGGGGAAGUGUGUGUAUGGGGGCAGUGUGUGUGUAUGGGGACAGUGUUUGUGGGGCAGUGUGUGUAUGGGGGGCAGUGUUUGUGGGGCAGUGUGUGUAUGGGUGGCAGUGUGUGUAUGGGGAGAGUGUUUGUGUAUAGAGGACAGUGUGUGUAUGGGGACAGUGUGUGUGUGUGUGGGACGUGUGUGUUUGUGUGGGGCAGUGUGUGUAUGGGGACAGUGUUUGUGGGGCAGUGUGUGUGUAUUGGGGGGCAGUGUGUGUAUGGGGACAGUGUGUGUAUGGGGACAAUGUUUGUGGGGCAGUGUGUGUAUGGGGACAGUGUGUGUAUGGGGACAGUGUUUGUGGGGCAGUGUGUGUAUGGGGGCAGUGUUUGGGUAAUGGGGCAGUGUGUGUAUGGGGAGGUGUGUAAUGCAGUGUGUGUAAUGGGGACGCAGUGUGUGUAAUGGGGGCAGUGUGUGUAAUGGGGAGGCAGUGUGUGUAUGGGGGGGCAGUUUGUGUAAUGGGGGGGCAGUGUGUGGUAUGGGGGGGCAGUGUGUGUAAUGGGGGGGGCAGUGUGUGGUAUGGGGGGCUGUGUGUGUAAUUGGGGGGGCAGUGUGUGUAAUGGGGGGGAAGGAGCUUUUAAAUAAUAUUUUUAUUUUUUUAAAUAAAAUAAAUAUCCUAUGUCCCCCCUCCCUUCUUACCUUUACUGGGGAGGAGGGGGGACAUAUUUCGAUCCCUGGUGGUCCCAGUGGUGAUUCCCUGGUGGUCCCAGUGGUGAGAGUGAACUCUAGCCCGCGCUCCCGGGCUAGAGUUCACUCUCGCGAGAUUUGGAGCGUUGCCGUGGUAACCGCGGCAACGCUCCAAAUCUCGAGAGAGGAGAAGCCGGAGGAGCUGCAGACUGAGCUCCGGGUCCUCUCUCACUCCCUCCCUCCGCCGCCGGCUGUCAGCACAGUGGCUGCGGACCGGGGAGGGAGAUCUCUGAUCUUCCUCCCCGGUCCGCAGGCACAUUGCACGGCUGGCAGGGGAGGGAGACCGGCGGAUUUCUCGGGGGGGGCAAUUGCCCCGUUGCCCCCCCUGGAUCCGCCAAUGCCAUAGAUGCAAGAUACAAGAUACACCCAGCUGCUAGAUUUUUACUGUAUUCAAUGUCACAUUAUUAAACAUUGUUUAUACACUGCACUACACCCUUUUCUGUUUCUUUCAACAUUUAUUUUCCUUUAUUCGAUGUGAAGACUCUGAUAAGGUAAGGGUUUGAAAGAGUUUUUCCCAGAAAUAUGUAAAGUUAAAGCAUGGAUUCACUCCCUUGUCUUUUUUUUGUCCCACAUAUGGUAAAAGAAGACUGCUCUAGAACUUUUGUAGGUGUGGUCUUCCCAGCAAAAGUAUUUACUGUGCUUGUAGGUGUACGUAGAUUUCUUAAUAUACAUUAACACCUACCUGCUGUGUAACCGCUGUAAUGGUUAUAGUGCUUGAAGUCUUCCUUUAAGUCUGGCAUCAGCCAGCAUAUUUAAUUAACUUCCAAUGAUAGCAUGUAAAUUCUACAUACUCCUGAGUAGCUCCACCUUUUAUCAGCACAUAGAAUUAAAGGUUGUCCACAAAAACAAGAUCACAGUGGCAAUUUGAUUAUCAUUUUAGGCCUUUCAGCAACACAAUCCUGUAAUAUUCACAAAGGUAAGGGUCGAUAAUGAUUAUCCUAGUUCAUUUAAGAAUAGCCUUAGCAAAAUUAUUUUUUUGUUUCUGUGCUGUAGUUUAUUUUUGUUUUACCUGGUAACACCCUCUGCACAACGUUUUCUAGACAAUGCAAUAAACCCAAAGUACUAAAUUACAUUCCAGUACUGCUUGAAAUCCCUUUUAGAGAUAAUAAAUUUAACAAAAUUGAUAUUGGAUUAAGGAGAUCCUGAACAAGUAGCACUUAUCCAUAGAGUGGAUUUAUAUAGAUAAAUACAUGAACAAUUCCUAUGAAAUUACUAAUCUUUAGCAUACUUGUCUUCAGUAUGUUGGAUCUAAAAAGAUUAAAAGAAGCACAGAGAUUAUAGUUUAGUCGGAAGAGCCAAUUAUAAAAACUCUGAUGUCCUAAAUUGUGUCUUUUCAGAAAGAAAAUCUAUAAUGACUCAUUGCACAAAAUUGUCAGCCAGCCACUUCUGCAGAUAUUGCUUUGGAAUUUUGUAAAAGCUGUAGAUAUUCAGAUGCUCAAUCCUGCUUUUGGUUCAAAUAUAAACACUUUUCGUAAUGGCAUCUGAGUGCCCUCUAAGGACUUUGAGUUAUUGAGAACAAUGCACAAUCACAUACUAUGUUUACCUACUGAAUACCAACAGAAUUUCUUCUUCCAAAUAAGUCUCAUUUCAUAUUCUUUUUUCCCCUUAAAUAAACAUGUCAUAUUUUUAAAGAUAGAAACCUGUCAGAAAGCUUUUUGUAUACAGGUACUAUGUAAAAAUUGAUCCCUGGGAAAAAAGUUAUUUUGUAUUGCUUACAUUUAUAGAUCUGUAGUAUAGACAGAGCCAGAUUAAGGUUGUCCAGGGCCUUACACAGGGUGCCAGAUUGCUCUUUCCUAAAAUCGCUGGCUAUGUUUCUGUGAGUGUGUGUGGUGACUGUGUGUUAUGAGUGAGAGUAUAUGUUGUUUUGCGUCUGUGGAGGAGCCUACUUGCUGUAUGGGUUAGAGGCUGAAAGUGCCUGUGUGUGCUGGUUGAGAGUUGUGCGUGGUGGUUGAGUUUUAUGUGUGUGGAGAAGUCUUAGUGGUUUAUGGGAGUCUGAAUGUGGCUCGGUGUUGUGUGUGUUUUUCCCUGGUGCUUACCUUCCCUGGUGGUCCAGUUGGGGACCUUCGCCAUCUGCACCAAUGGCUGUGGUGCUAUAAGUUAUCGUGAAGCGCCAGGGGCUGCGAGUGAGCUCUUCAAGUAGUUUGUACUUAUAUUGGUACAGACCACAACACUCACUCAACAAAUUAUUGGGCCACUCACUGCUGUCCCUGUCUGAGCCCAGGUCCUAGGCAGCUAAUGGGUGAUUCAUCUCUGAGUAUAGAUUAUGAGAUUUAUAUAUGCACAUUAACACAAUGGGUAUUAUUAUAUUGCAUACUUACAGCAUUUGUAUUGGUUUCGCUAAUAAUACACUGCUAAUUUUAAUGUAGCUUUUUGUGCCAAUGCACACAUUAGGAUUUCAAUUGAUCAAUGUCUAGUUGAAAAAGAUGGGUUUCAUUUUUAAAACAUAGAUCUUUUCUUUUUUUUUUAUUCAGUUCAUGUUGAUACAAAAAAAAGUAUUAACCCAUUAACGACGAGUGACGGACGAGGUCUGUCACUCAGUCGAAAGCGUUAAUGGCGAGUGACGGAACUUGUCCGUCACGCGCUAAAAUUAACCCCAGAUCGCCGCAGUGCCGGCAAUCACGGGGUUAACGCUGUUGCUGGGUGCCUCCGGGUCAGGGGCAGACCAGCAACAGCAAAUCCCGGUAUCCCAGCCCAUGUGAUCACUGUGACAGCCAGUCACAGCGGUCACAAUGCUGCUGGGAUAUCUGAUCCGCCUCCCUCCACCACGUGUGGGUUUGUGAAGUGGAGAGAGACGGAUCGUUGCAACAUUGUGUCCCAGAAGAAUAGUUAAGUUCUAUUAAAAGUUCCUAAUCCCUUUCCCCUUUAUUUAAAAAAAAAAAAAAUCAACCCUUUCCCUGCUGCCUGAUCACUGCUAGCAGUGAUCAAUAUACAGGUCACAGUACUUUACUGUGAUCUAUUUUUUUUUAACUCUAAGGGGUUACAUUUUAUUAUUUGAUUUUAUUAAUUUGUGAUUUAGUUACUUGGGUGGGUGGAAUUUAGUGGGAAUUAGGGAAUAAAAAAAAAAAGUUAAGUUAUUUAGUUAAAGUUUGGUUAGCUGUGUUAACUGUAUUAACAAUGUUUCGAAAGUAUAGCGCAGAGGAGGCUUAUGCCCUGUUAGCGGCCGACUCAGAGGCGACUGACACUGCCUCAGAGAGUGACGCAGGGAGUGAUGCAGGGGACGCAGGGGACGCAGGGGACAGGGACUAUGUGCCAGAUACUGCAGGACCAUCAGGGGAAAUCGAUGAUUCCCCUAAUGCUGAACAUGGCGCAGAUGACUGGGUACCCCCUAAUAAUUUUUCCCCAGACAUCCCAGUGUUUACAGCCAAUCCUGGCAUACAGGCUGACCUGUCUGGCUAUAGUGCGCUGGAUGUUAUGCAGCUAUUCUUGGGGGAUGAGAUUUUUGGGGAGAUAGUCACCCAGACUAAUCUCUAUGCGGGGCAGUAUCUGGCACGCAAUCCAGACUCUCUUAUCUCCAGGAAAGAGAGAUGGAACCCAAGCAGUGUGCCAGAAUUGAAACAAUUCUGGGCACUGACCAUGUUAAUGGGGUUAAGUAAAAAGCCCACAAUUAGGAUGUAUUUGUGUAAACAUCCUAUUUGCAAUACCCCCAUUUUUGCAGAGACAGUGACGAGGGAAAGAUAUGUUGACAUACUGCGAUUUAUGCACUUUAGUGACAAUAAUAAGUGCCCCCCAAAAGGUGAUACGCAGUAUGAUCUUCUUUAUAAAAUAUGCCCUUUGAUUGCCCACUUUAACAGUAAAUUUGCCACUAUAUAUACCCCCAAUAAAAACAUUUCCAUUGACGAGUCCCUCAUGAAGUUUAAGGGAAGACUGGGGUUUAGACAAUAUAUCCCAUCCAAAAGAUCCCGAUAUGGGAUCAAAUUUUAUAAACUGUGUGAAAGUGGCAGUGGCUAUGUGUACACCUUCUGUGUAUACGAAGGAAGGGAUAGCCACCUUGAUCCCCCAGGUUGCCCAGAUAUAGUAGGGACAAGUGGGAAAAUUGUCUGGGACUUAAUAAUGCCACUACUUAAUAAAGGUUAUCAUUUAUACAUCGAUAACUUUUAUAAUAGCAUCCCACUGUUAAAAAUGUUGUACUGCUUCAAGACCGUGGCCUGUGGCCCUAUUCGGAAGAGUCGCACAGGUUUCCCAAAGGCUCUAGCAAACAAAAAAAUGAAAAGGGGGGAAAGAGCAGCUCUCUGCCAGAAUGAACUGCAAGCACUCAAGUACAGGGAUAAAAAGGAUGUUUUCAUCUUAACCACCAUCCAUGGUGAAAACACUCGGAGGGUCGCAGUUCAUGGCAGAGAGGAAUGUAAACUAGUGCCAGUCUGCAUACGGCAAUAUGAUCGUCAUAUGGGGGGCGUUGACCUGUCCGAUCAACUGAUGCAGCCGUAUUUGAUCAUGCGAAAGACCAGGGCAUGGUAUAAAAAAGUGGGCAUAUAUCUGAUGAAGAUGGCAAUCCACAAUGCCUUUGUCAUUUUUAAAAAGGCAAAUGCUGGACUGAAAAGCACUUUUCUUUCAUUCCAGUCUGAGCUCAUUUCUGGGCUACUUGAGUGCCACACAAGGAGACCAUCAGUGGAGCCUAGCAGAAGAAUGGUGGCAGGUCACUUCUGCUUUAAGAUUCAACCAACCCCUAAAAAACAAAACCCCCAGAAAAGGUGCAGGGUGUGUUACAAGAGGGGCGUAAGAGCUGAGACCAGCUAUUACUGCCCUGAUUGCCCCUCUCAGCCUGGCCUAUGUACUGGCCACUGUUUUAAAAAUUUUCACACCCAGGCCGAAUAAGUAGAGAAGUUUUGGGGUGUGAUUUUUAGUCAUCUGUCUGAUUGGUUACCGAAUCUUGGCUUUGUCUCCCGCUUAUCCUGUCUUCUCUGAUCCUUGACCUCGGCUUGUCCUAUCAUUGUUCCGUUUCUCUUUACUCCUUUGACCUCAGCUUGUACCUUGACAAUUCUCUGCUUGUAUAGCCCGGCCAUUCUAAGGACCAGUAUUACAAGUUUCUCUCUCUGUGUUCUCUCUCUUUGUGGUCUGUCUGUGUUUUGGUUUUGGAAUCCAUGACAGCUUUGCCCGGGACGCAGAUGACUGGGUACUACCCCCGGAUAAGUUUACCCCAAAUAUUCCCCUUUUCACAGCAAAUAGUAUGCACUUGUUCAUAAUUUGAAUUGAUGAGCUGCUUAUACUUAAAAAUAUAUGUGGCCUUUGAGAGGUAAUUUGCAGUCCUGAGCUGCUAAAAUGAGACUUGGGCCCAGCAUCCACUUUUGAAAAAUAUGGAGGUGGUGUGUCUCCAAUGUGCCCCUUCAACAUCCACAUAACCCUGAGAAAGGUACACAUGGGGGUAUCGUUGCACUAAGAUGACAUAGCUGAGCAACAUAUUAGGUGGUAUAAUGCCGUAGCACACAUAAGGAUUGCAAAAUAUACAGUAACAUCUCCAAGUGUGUGUCAAAAAGGCAGAAAAAAUGCUAAUUGCAACUAGACUUGGUACAAACUAACAAAAAAAUUAUCCUACACUAAGGUUUAGAAUAUACUUUUUGAAAUACCCUGGGGUGUCUACUUUAAGAAAUGGUAGGCCUUUGUGGGGUAGUUUGAAUUUAAAACGUGCUAAGAUGCUUGAAAAUUGCACAUAGGCCCAGCCUCAAAAUUCAAAGUUUGGUAAAAACUGAUAUGACUUGCUCUACAAUGUGCCCCUUCAACAUCCACAUAACCCUGAAAAAGGUACACAUGGGGUUAUUGUUGCACCAAGAUGACAUAGCUGAGCAACAUAUUAGGUGUUAUACUGCCAUAGCACACAUAAAGAUAGCAAAAUAUACAGUAACAUCUCCAAGUGUGUGUCAAAAAGGCAGAAAAAAUGCUAAUUGCAACUAGACUUGGUACAAACUAACAAAAAAAGAUCCUACACUAAGGUUUAGAAUAUACCUUUUGAAAUACCCUGGGGUAUCUACUUUAAGAAAUGGUAGGCCUUUGUGGGGUAGUUUGAAUUUAAAACCUGCUAAGAUGCUUGUUAAUUGCACAUAGGCCCAGCGUCAAAAUUCAAAGUUCGGUAAAAACUGAUAUGGCUUGGUCUCCUAUAUGGCACUGUAGCUUCACGAAAUAGUGCCAAAGACAUACAAUGGGAGUGUCCUUUUACUCAGAAGACGUAGCUGAGCAUAAUGUGGUGGGUUUGAACUUAGUGGCACAUGUGAAAUAUACAAAAUGUCCAGUAAAAAUACAAUCCAUAUGUAAAAAAUGCACAAAUUUAUUUUUUACCACAUACUUUCGAAUCUAUUGGUGAAAAAAUGAGGACAUGUUAAGGCACAAUAUGCACCUUAUGAGAUACCCUGGAGUGUCUACUUUUACAAAUGGUAAGCCUUUGUGGGUUUUUUUUGAACAGUCAAACUGUUAUAAUACCCUAAAUGAAAGCAUAGGCUCAUUAAAUCCAUCUCUAAAAAUUCUACUGUGAGUAAUGAAAAGGACAGGUCUCCUAUAUGGCACUGUAGCUUCACGAAAUAGUGCUAAAGACAUACAAUGGGGUGUCAUUUUACUCAACAGAUGUAAAUGCACACCAAAUAAAACUUUGUACAGGAAUAGCACACACCAACUUUACAAAAUACACACAAGAAAUUCUUUGUUAUAAGUUUGUGUGCCAAAAACAAAAAAAACCCCACAAUUUUACUCCAAUAUUUAGCAGAGGUUGGCUGUGAAAUGGCUGCGUAGAAAGUGUCAAAACAACCUUAGGUAAAUAGCCCGUUAUGUCUACUUUAUAUAAAUAUAUACUUUUGUGUGGCAGUUUUGUUUUCUUUUAUGGCUAUUAAGCUUACAAGACAAACAUACCAAAUUCUAAAAUCGCUCCACAUUAAAAGUUUAUUUUACUCCUUGUGCUUUGUGACCUGUAACUACCAAAAAAAACCUUAAAAUCCCAGACACAUUAUAUAUUCUGUAAAUCAGAACAACUAAAUUAAUUUAUUUUUAAUUACUUUCCUGAACCUGCACUAAUUAUGCACACAUUAUUAUUGCAAAAACUGUAAAAAAACAAACACAUUUUUCAUUUUUUUUGCAGAUUUCUGUAUUUUUUUUAUAAUAAAUAAGCAUUUAUAUAAAUAUAUAUAUAUAUAUAUAUAUAUAUAUAUAUAUAUAUAUAUAUGUCUUACAUCAAAUUAAAGCCCUUUCUGUCCUUUAAAAAACGAUAUAUAAUAUGUGUCGGUGCAAUAAAUUAGUAAAAUGCAAAUUGCAGUUGAACGCAAACAGCAAAAAAUGCAAAAAAUGCUGUUGUCAUUAAGUGAAAGACAAGCUUCUGAAGCUCUGUCCUUAAGGGGUUAAAAUGCAUAUUAUUUGUUACCCAAUGAAUAAAUGCCUCUAAUUUCCAUUUCGUGUAGCAGGUAAUUAGCUUGAAGGUCUCUGUACCCAGAGCAUAGUAAUGUAUUGGUAGCUGAAGAAAUUAAUUAUCUCGUAGGCAGGGAUCCUUCUUAAUGGAACAAUGCAUCAAUCUAACUUGUUAUUUUGCUCCAAACAUUUUGAAAACAUUUAAAGAUUUCUUUUAAAGCAGUAAGUGACAUACAAUUGCAGUAUGUCCUUGUUUAUUUAGAAAGUAUUAUGCCAGGAUAUUGUGUUUUUACUCAUUUUAAUUAUUCCUUUAGUGAUGCUAUUGAUGGAAUUGAGAGCAAUACAGUGACACACACACAUAUAUUACACCUUCCUUUUCCCAAUAAUGUUUUACAUUAAAUACUUUUGUUUUGAAUUGCUAAGCAUUUUAAAAUACAAUCGCGUUUAUAGGGGUACUUACCUCUGCUUUGAUGCACUGUUGUUUUCAUCCUGCAUAGAAACAUAUGGUGUUUUCUAGGUCUCCAUUGUGUCCAUCUGUCUCUCUGUAGAGGCACUGUAAAUAGACCAAAAUAAAUAAAUAUAUGUCUAUAAAUCAACUGUUAUUUUCAAGCGGCUAACCUAAAAAUGGGUGUCUAACUGAACAGUUACAAAGCAAAAAUACAAAAAGGCAGUGCUAAAAAUGAAUACACACUUUUUUAAUGUCUUUUUUAAAAUCUAAAUAUGAAGAUAAAAAAUAAAUAAAUACAGGCUCACUAGCCAGAGGGUAAAUAAUGAUAAAAUAUGAUCACAUAUCAACACAUUAGUAUUUCAAAAAGAAGAUAAUCCAAUAGCACCAAUAACCACCACAGUAGACAGUACACAAAAGAACAUGCUGCCAAAUUCUCUUAAGUAGAGUUGAGCAAACCCGAACUGUAAAGCGUUUGACUCGUGUGCCCUUAGAAGCCAUUACAGCCAUGCCUAUUAAUGGCAUGGCUGUGAUUGCCCAGUACAGCAUGUGACCCAGCCUCUAAAAUAUAAGCUGGAGUCGCGUAGCGCCGCACGCACAUGAGGUCUUAUUAGUGUAGGGAGAGGAUGCUGCCGCUGUGAGGGACAGCUUAGGAAAGAAUUCUGCAAACUAGUACAUUAGUGGGGUGUACUUCAUAUCUGAGAGUCAAAUAGAAGCUUCAAAUACCGCGGUUACAUCUGAGUUUUAAAAAGUAAAUUUUUUUUGGUGCUAAAUAGUACAUUAGUGGGAUAGUACAUUAGUGGGGUGCACUUCAUAUCUGAGAGUCAAAUAGAAUCGUCAAAUACUGCUGUCACAUUGCAGUUUUAAAACUUAAAAUUUUUGGGUGCUAAAAAGUACAUUAGUGGGGUGCACUUCAUAUCUGAGAGUCAAAUAGAAGUGUCAAAUACUGCUGUCACAUUGCAGUUUUAAAACAAAAUUUUUUGGGUGCUAAACUGCUAAAUAGUAUUUUAGUGGGGUGCACUUCAUAUCUUAGAGUCAAAAAGAAGCAUCUAAUAGUGUGCUUACAGUGCAGUGGUAAACAUUCUAAUUGUUUUGCUGCUAAAAUGCUAAAUAGUACAUUUUGGGGCGUGCACUUCAUAUCUGAGAGUCAAAUAGAAACGUCUAAUAGUGCGCACAGUGCAGUGGUAAAAAUUCUAAUUGAUUUGCUGCUAAUCUGCUAAAUUGUACAUUUUGGGGCCUGCUCUUCAUAUCUGAGAGUCAAAUAGAAGUGUCUAAUGGUGUGUUUACAGCGCAGUUAUAAAAAUUCUUAUUUUCUUGUUGCUAAUCUGCUAAAUAGUAUAUUUUGGGCGUGCUCUUCAUAUCUGAGAGUCAAAUAGAAUCGUCUAAUAGUGUGCUUACAGCGCAGUUGGAAAAUUCUAAUUGUUUUGCUGCUAAACUGCUAAAUAGUAAGUUUUGGGGCGUGCACUUCAUAUCUUAAAAACUACCCAGAUGUAUUAGAGCUGCUGCAGAAAGUGCGGGCCGUCUGUGCGCGCUUUUGGCGUUCUCACCCUGCUGCUGCUCGCCUGUCUGUGCUGCAGCGUAACUUCAGCCUUCCUUCUCACCGCUUUAUAUGCGACAUGCCCACAAGGUGUAACUCCACCUUGCACAUGCUGGAGAGACUGUGCGAGCAGCAGCAGGCGAUAGUGGAGUUUCAGAUGCAGCACGUACGGGUCAGUCGCUCUGUGGAAUAGCACCACUUCACCACCAAUGAGUGGGCCUUCAUGCGAGACCUGUGUGCCAUUUUGCACUGUUUCGAGUACUCCACCAACAUGGCCAGUGCCGAUGACGCCGUUCUCAGUCUUACUAUCCCGCUUCUAUGUCUUCUUGAAAAAACGCUGAUGGCGAUGAUGGAAGAGGAUGUGGCACAGGAGGAAGAGGAGGAGGAAGAGGGGUCAUUUCCACGGUUAUCAGGCCAGUCAUUCACAAGUGGUUUGGAGGGUGGAUUCCUGCACCAGCAUAGACCAGGUACACAAUUGUCAAGCCAGGGCACAGUUCUGGAGGAUGAUGAGGAGGAGGAACCGUGUUCACAGCAGGGUGGCACCCAACGCAGCUCAUGGGCAUCACUGGAGCGUGGCUGGGGGGAUACGGAGGACACAGAUGAUACACCUCCCACAGAGGACAGCUUGUCCUUGCCUCUGGGCAGCCUGGCACACAUGAACGACUACAUGCUGCAGUGCCUGCGCAACGACUGCCGAGUUGCCCACAUUCUAACUUGUGCUGAUUACUGAGUGGCCACCCUGCUGGAUCCCCAUUACAAGGACAACGUGCCAUCCUUAAUUCCCUCACUGUAGCGUAAUCGGAAGAUGCGCGACUACAAGCGCACGCUGGUAGACGCGCUGCUGAGGGCAUUCCCAACUGACACUGGGGGCUCAGUGGAAGCACAAGGCAAAGGCAGAAAAGGAGGAAGAGGUCGCCAACGCAGCUGGGGCACCGCCAGCACCUCAGAUGGCAGGGUUAGCAUGGCCGGAAUGUGGAAAAGCUUUGUCAGCACGCCACAACAACCAGCACCAUCAGCUGAUAUGGAACGUCUUAGCAGUAGGCAGCAUUUCAGCAACAUGGUGGAACAGUACGUGUGCACACGCCUACACGUACUGUCUGAUGGGUCUGCCCCAUUCAACUUCUGGGUCUUCAAAUUCGAGUAUUGUCUGAAUGUGUGUUUAGCACGGCAGGGGGCGUUAUCACAGACAAGCGCAGCCGCCUGUCCACAGCUAACGUGGACAAGCUCACGUUUAUUAAAAUGAACCAGGCAUGGAUCCCACCAGACUUGUCUGUACCUUGUGCAUAAUAGACAUUUAUACUGGCCUCACCCAGCCAUUGUUAUACUCAAGUGCACUUAUUCUUUCUUUUCUUUUUUUAUAUGUCCCAAUAUUUUGGGGGCUACCCCAAUAAAAAAAAAACAGUGUUGGCUACCUCCUCCUCUUCCUCCACCGCCGCUUCCACUUCCACCGCCACAGUGUAUACCCAGAUAUAGCAGAACUGCUGCAGAAAGUGCGGGCUGUCUGUACGCGCUUUCAGCGUUCUCACCCUGCUGCUGCUCACCUGUCUGUGCUGCAGUGUAACUUCAGCCUUCCUGCUCACCGCCUCAUGAGACUUUGUGAGCUGCAGCAGGCGAUAGUGGAGUUUCAGCUGCAGCAUGCACAGGUCAGUCGCUCUGAGGAACAGAGUUUUCUUUUUUUUAUAUGUCCCAAUAUUUUGGGGGCUACCCCAAUUAAAAAACAAAAACAAACAAAUAAAAAACAGUGUUGGCUACCUCCUCCUUCUCCACCCCCACUUCCACCUACACCGCCACGGUCACCGCCUCCUCAACCUAUGGGUCACUUAGUAUAAACUAUGUACACAUUAGCAGAGGCUUGUGAAGGCCUUUUCUACAUGCAUCAGGAGUUGAGCAUUUCUCCAUGCAUCAGGACUGCAAGAAAUGUGCCGCAUGCCGCAAAUGUUUCUUUUUUUAUAUGUCCCAAUAUUUUGGGGGCUACCCCAAUUAAAAAAAAUUAAAAAAUAAAUAAAAAACAGUGUUGGCUACCUCAUCCUCCACCGCCACUUCCACCUACACCGCCACGGCCACCGCCUCCUCAACCUAUGCGUCACUUAGUAUAAACUAUGUACACAAUAGCAGAGGCUUGUGAAGGCCUUUUCUCCAUGCAUCAGGAGUUGAGCUCAGUUUGAACAAUGAAAGAAAAUACCCUGCACUCCAACCCUCUCUCAAAUGGAUAAUUCUGGUGAUCCUCCUGGCAGCCAUGCUUUAGAUUUUGAUUUAUGUUCUUCCAAAGCUAAAAUCAAAGAUUCCAUCUAGUGCUAUUUUAUGGCUCAGCUGUAUUUUUAAUUUGUAUGUUAUUUCCCUAUCCACAUUUGUUUGCAGGGCAUUUGUCCUACUCUACCCCAUUUUACUUCCCUUUGCAGCUCUCUAGCCCUUUCCAUGAGUUUUUUAGAGGCAUUUUAGUGCCCAAAAGUUCGGGUCCCCAUUGACUUCAAUAUGGUUCGGGUUCGGGGUCAAGUUCGUACGAACCCGCCCGACCCGAACAUCCAGGUGUCUACUCUUAACGUAACAAAUAGUAGAUAGACCUGUGAACGGACUUGUCCCAAAUAGGUCCUCACCUAAAGUUGUCUGAGAAAACUAAUGUAUGAGGAUGAAGUCAUCAUCAAAAUUCAUCCACAUGCCAAAUAAAGUACACUGCUCCACCGUGUAUAUGGUCAGAGUUUAUGCAGAUAAAUAUUGAAUAUCCACAGUCAGGCCAGGGCAGCAAGGUGCUGAACUCUACAAGUAUGCUAAUUAGAAAUAAACUCUAUCCCCUCAAGCAGAAGUGUAUACAAUCCUCAGGCCUAUGCAGGCAGUCAAAUGCCUUUAGCGUCUACACGUUUUGUCCGAUAGGACUUUAUCAAGACAUACAUACAUAUUAAUGUUAUUAGUAGUGCUAUUUAUACCAAUUCAUUCAAACAGGCAUAAAAAAAACAAACUCAAUUUGCAACAAUAUCUCAUAUCUGCAUACAAAAUAUACAACAGCUUGUAAAUUGAAAAGAACAGCUUGUAAAAUUAAUGAUGAUGCUAAUAAAUUAUUACUCUGAGAAGCAAACCAAUACAUUGAUAAAUUAAUAUUUAAGUAAUAAAUAUUCACAAACCUUGAAAGAUUAAUAUACUACAUAUAUAGAUUUUAUGUAUAUAUGUAUAUGUUUAAGGCCGAAGGCCUGUAUUUGUGGGAGGAGUUAGCGUUACUAUAUAAACGCUACUCCCCCCUUGCUACCUUGCCGUACGCACGGUGUUCACUCCUCGUCCUCGCGUCUCCUCAACUCGCACUUCUGGUUUCCGGCUGCCAGACGCACGUCCCGCCAAGUUCAGAGCCUCCACUCCAUUCGGGGAAACCUAACCGAACACUUCCAGCAACAGAAUGCAAACAACAUGAACACCCAGGUAACCGGCGGGAAUAGCCAAGUUCGGGCUAUUUCCGCCGUUCACAUAUACAAUUACUUCACGUUUUAAUGUUGGUCCGGUACGAAUAUCUGUCAGACCUGUCAUACCAGGUCAAUUCAUUAGCUCAAUUACUCCAUACCAAUGGAAUGGAAAUUUCUCAAUUAGGGUACCAACUUGAUUUAAAGUGGUGGAGCUGGACAAAGUUAAUCUAACAUUGGAUAGUAAAGUAGUAUCUCUCUUGGUUGUCUCUGCCCUGCAUGUUUUCUGAGGAGUACCAUAAUUCAUUAGUGGUAAAAUGGGUUAUAUGAGUUGGUAUGAUCCGCAUGGAUCACCUCUCCCAUCACAAUCAGCACCAAGUAAGGCAGAUUUUAUACAGCAGCUGAGUGUGAUAAGCCUUAUGUUUGAGUUAUAUUAAGUUAGUUUGGAGUAUAAUGUGGCUACCUGAAUAUGUUGAGAGCUAUUCUCCUCAACAGCUGCCUAUUGUCUGUCUCAGACUGCAGUUUCCUAAUUGAAAUCACCUGUACCUCAACGCAGCCCAAACUUUAAUAAAAAAAAAAAAAGUAAACAUUUGUUUUGCAAAUUACUAUUGUUGUUGCAUAUUGUCAUCUGCUACCAUUAGACAAAUUACUGGUUCACGAUUGUCGCCUGUUUCUAUCAGGUAUAAAUACGUUUUUUGUUCACAUUCCAAACAACUCCCUCUACAAGGACACGUUAUUACACGAUUGGGUAUUGAUUCCUGCCUUGUCUCGUCAGGCCAUGGCUUCACUCAACAACCUGUCAUACGUUCAUUCAAACUCACUAUCCGUAACAUUCGUCCUGUUACUCACUAUCUUGCUAAUUUCACCCUCCUCUCUCUGUCAGGUAAUAUCGCGCUUUCUUGGCACAACGCCUUCCUACAUCUCCCUUCAGGAAUAUAUAGUAGCCAUCACAAGAAUCUUCAGCAUCCUCAGGGUCUAAGGAUACUGUACUAUCAGCUAUAUCUCCAUUAACUGCACUAUACUGCAUAUAAUUUUCUUUCCCUCAACCACAGUUCCUUUCCUCUUUCUUCCUCCUUUUCCUCCCUUCUUUUUCUCUUUCUUCGACCGGGAAUCUCCAGGUACCUAUCAUAAACCACAACUUAGGUUUGCCAAGCACGUUACGUUACCCCCUUAUCAAGCCCCCGUCUAGGGUCAGAGAACUGGCUAUCUAGGGUUAAGAGCUGGCCUUAGCUGUACAACGUAGCUGGUCCCGCAAUGCCAACUCCCCCAUCUCAACACGGAGAUUUUCACCUCUCGGGCCAAGUCAUAGUUAGAGCCUCACAUUCACCCACCUAUCGGGUUUAUAGUUAGGGCCUCACCUGACAAGGCCACAUGUUUUGGAUCUUUUACUGUCACCGAGAGGCCAACACCCCGCCACCACGCUAGUGGCUCAAGCCCCACGCCCAAAUCAUAGGUAGAGCCUCUCACACGCCGCUUGGCAACUAGCAGGGCCUCACUUGUCACUGGGUAGAGAGCUUUCCACUUCAGCACUAGUUAGUCAGCCAGUUCUAUAUUACUUAACCGUAUUGUUGUUAAUCAGUUCAUUGUUGUUGUCAUAUUCUUUUUCAGUAUGUCCUAAGAAGGCAACAUCGGACAAGGGAUUGCAGCAUUUACAUAACUAUUAGGGUUUACUGACCAAGAGACACUCGGGCUCGUACCUCACCCAACUGACAACACCCGAGCAUAAUCCACAUUUCAGCAUCCCCAUCUGGUCACCCGGCUAUUGGGGCUCGACAACAAGUUAUCACCUAGAGCAUUAUUCGCUUGCACUAAGAUACAUACGACAGAGUCAUGACAUUCUUCCAAGACUCAGUGGAACACAACAUCCACAGCCAUACCGAUCAACUUGUAGUCUUUUCUGCAUUUUUUGCCACCUUUCAGUCAAACCCUCAUACAACACUAUCGCACUAUACCAAUCAGACAUACUACAACACAUUCUGACAAGACUUCCAAACCAUACCCCGUCCUCUUAAACGCUUAACAUAAGUGAUCAAGGUAAAAAUAGUUGCUUCAUCACUCUACAAUUACAUACAUCCACAGAUGGGAAUUCCAGGCCGUAUCAGACUCCAUAAACAGCAUCUGUACCACACAUACCCAGUCUUAACCACUUAAGGACACAUGACGGAAAUAUUCUGUCAUGAUUCCCUUUUAUUCCAGAAGUUGUGUCCUUAAGGGGUUAAACCUCUGUGCCUUUAACCUUCCAAGGAUUUCGGGUCCCUACAACUUCACGAUCACAGCUAAUCAGACUGGCAAGUCAUGUCUCCUCAAGGGAAUUAAUAAGGCACAGACACUACCUCAUGUCACGACAACUUUCAAACGAGACAAUCAAAACAGUUGAUCUACUAAAUAUUCUGCUAACUACUUCUAAAUGCAGUUCUACAUUAAUACUCCUUGCAUUAGAUUAGGUUGGGACCUCUGGCUCCUAUUUAGAACAUCCUAUCAACAAGUACAGCAUCCAGUAGCAGUACGUCGGUAUACAUAAUAAUUAGUCAUUGGAAUCAGCAAUGUUAUACAGAAACAUUCCAGAUAAGAGGUAAGGCACACGAAUCUCAUGGGAUAAUUAUUUAGCAAUAAGUGUGUUUUCUUGCAUUUCGUUUUGCCCUCUUUUACAGGCCUACCCCCUAUGUCGGUUCCGGCACAUCACACCGAUUUAAUUCCAAUCACAAGGUAUUUCACAAUACGAUAUUAACCGACCACAAGUUUAAGGCCGAAGGCCUGUAUUUGUGGGAGGAGUUAGCGUUAUUAUAUAAACGCUACUCCCCCCUUCCUACCUUGCUGUACGCGCGCUAUUCAUCCCACCCACCUCUCCCUCUUAUACAAUUCAUUCGGGAGGCCCUCUUUUACAGGCCUACCCCCUACGUCAGUUCCGGCACAUCACACCGACUUAAUUCCAAUCACAAGGUAUUUCACAAUACGAUAUUAACCGACCACAAAUAUAUAUAUAUAUAUAUAUAUUUCUAUAUAAAUGAUCACGAAGGAGAGUUCUCACUAGACUUUUCAACCAAAUCCAAAAUUCAAGUAUUUAUUGUGAAUACAGUCAAAUUACAUCAAAGUAUUUUUCUCUUAAACACAGCCAAUUAAAACCAAACCUUAUCAAAAUUAUCUAAGAAAAAGUACAAUUGUGCCUGAAGCUUAAAAACGUACCAAAAUAAUUAUGUUUAACCCAUUGUGGGUGUGGGCACCAUUAAAGUAAAGACAUCUGUUAACAUCAACAGGAUUGUGAUAAGUGUUAGUAACAACGUUACCAUUUUCCCAACUUUAAAAGUAAGGUGUAAAAACAUGAUAAACUUGAUCCCAAUAUUAUAUGUGAAAGAUAACCCAAAUCAGUAAUUAUUAAACCAAGAAACAAAUUCUUUAAUACCAGCAAUACCAGCCUUCCAAGUUAUUACUAUAUCAUCAAUGAAGCAGUGAUGGAGGGCUACAUUGUACCCCCAUGGGUUAUGAUGCCUUACAUAAGAUUCCUUAACGGACCACUAUAGUGCCAGGAAAACAUACUCGUUUUCCUCGCACUAUAGUGCCCUGCGGGUUCCCCCACCCUCAGGGACCCCCUCCCGCCCGGCUCUGGAAAGGGGUUAAAACUUACCUUUUUCCAGCGCUGGGCGUCUUCUCUUCCCCAUCGGCUGAAUGCGCACGCGCGGCAAGAGUGCUUCUCAAUGCUUUCCUAUGGACGCUGGCGUGCUCUCACAGUGAAAAUCACAGUGAGAAGCACGCAAGCGCCUCUAGCGGCUGUCAAUGAGACAGCCGCUAGAGGAAAUAGGGGAAGGUUUAACCCAUUCAUAAACAUAGCAGUUUCUCUGAAACUGCUAUGUUUAUGAAAAAAUGGGAUAACCCUAGCUGGACCUGGCACCCAGACCACUUCAUUAAGCUGCAGUGGUCUGGGUGCAUAGAGUGGUCCUUUAAGUAACCCAAGCAAAAAUUGGCAUAUAAAGGUGCAAAUCUAGCCCUUAACAUUGCUGAUGGAGUCUGUAAAUAAAUUUCACAAUUAAAAAAAAAACUGUGCCUUGUGAGCACAAAUUUUGGAAAAUCAAACAGUGAAUUAGCUUGUAAAUUUGGGAUAUGAGGAUCAUUAAGAAAUAUUAUCAGAUUCAAGUCCAAAUUCAUAUAUAGGAUGGUACAUGCUUUGCAUACCUCUAGAUGAUACUUUUUUUUAAUAAUUUAGAGAGGUUGCAUGAACAGAAUCAAUAGAGAAUAGACCAGUCCUCCUGGUUGGUUUUUGUUUUUUGUUUUUAUACAAUAGUAGUUUAUUGAAAAUUUCAAAUGUUAAGAGGACAGAAAUUAAAACUGUGCUGGUGGGUAUAAAAUACACUUGAGGGUGUCUAUCCCAUGUGAGGUUUUAUUUUACCUCACCAGCACAAUUUUGUAUUUUUUGACAUAUUACACGAAAUUGUGUUUUUUUUCUCUUGUUCUAGUGAUUUUCUUCAUUUAUAGCUUUCAAUUUUUAUAAGGCUAAGUGUAUAUACUCAUAGCUCUCCAUUGGGUUUACUUAUUGUAGAUUUAUACCACUUAAUUCAGUCUUAUUUGUUGCAUGAUUUUGUUAAGUUGAAGAGACUUAGACUUGUUUUGUAUCUGCUAUUUGUAUUAAUUAUUGGUCUCAUAUCCACAUAUAAGCAUCUUUAUUGCACAAAGCAUUUUUUUUUUAAUUAAAAAUGCAUUCACAAUUUUAAAAUCAAUGCAUUGUUUUUAUCAUUCCAUGUUCUUUCAGGAUCACCGCUCCCUUAUUUGAGAGGAUCUUUGUGUCUGCAGGGUACUAUUCUUUCCCUGUUGUGCAGUCCAUGUUUGAGCAUCUUACACUGCUUGGAAUGUAGUUUGUUGACGGGUUUUGUGGGUUCCGAGCAACUUCCUUCAGGACAUGUCGCCUACAGGAAGCUUCUCUAUUUUAUCCAUCAGUCAUUCAUCAAUUUAGUUACUCUUUAUCUGACUGAAUAUAUAGGUUUUUAGUCACAAUUAGCAAAUUCUUUAUGUUAUGGUAUCUUUAACACUGUUUCGCUAAUUACCUAGAUACAUAACUAUGUAACUAUAGCUAACUAUGUAAUGUUUCUAUUGACCAUGUUGGAGUUUCCACAAAACUAUCAUAAAUGGAAAACAUUUUAUAAGAAUACAUUUUAAAACGAAUAAAUAAAAUCUCUUAAAAAUCCUUGGUAUACCUAUUUUUGAAUAAAUACAGUGCAAACUUAAAAUAUUAAACCAAUUAAAUACCUUUAUAGACUAGUGUAAAAUACCCUCUGUAUUUAAAGAAAAAUCUACAUAUUUUCCAUAUUCUGCUAUUAAAUACUGUAUUGUAAAAAGAAAGAUUUUUAUAAAAUAAUUACCAUAUCUAUAUUUUAAAGAAAAAAAUAUACAAUUAAGAUUAAUGUAUUUCAAAAUUAUUUUUAUAUACCUAUUAUUUUAUAUAUAUAUUUUUUAUACAUAUAAAACUGCAUAUGCUUUCUUUCUUUUUUUUCCUUGAAUAGUAUUUAUUUGUAUUUUGACAUAAAAACAAGCAUUCACUUUCUUUUUAUACAUUUGACACUUUACAUUGUUACAACGUUACAAGACACACAGCAUCUGAUAAAAAACAUUGGGUUCGACUGCGUUCUGUAUUGAGAAUACCUUCUCACAAUUGUAUGCCAGCAAACCCAGCCCAUCUAGUGUCUAUUACUGGAACGAUGCGGUGUUCCAACAUUGCAACAUAGGCAUUUAAGUAGGAGACGAACAAAGAAGAACAUAAAAAAAAUAUAGAGAAACAGAAAAGAGUAAGGGCAUAGGUCUUCACUGUUGACUAUAUUUCCAAUAUACACACAAUCUUAUGGAGAAUCAUGGUUAGGGACCGCUGGUGUACACUCACCAUCUGUAAUUGGAUACCUCGGUGGGAUUCGGGUUUUGAAAGCUUUUUUAUUACUAUUGUGAGUUGGAAACUGCGGUGUGAAGGUGAUAUACCUUGUGCAAAUUGGCCCCAUCUGCUUUCUUUCUUAAUAUAGAUCAUGUAUUCAUUUGAGAGAUUAAAGGAGGAGGUAAUGGCGCAAACAGCACUUUGGAAUAACAGAAGAUAUAACCAAAUUAGAAAAUAUUCCAAUACAAAAGAAAUGACCAUAGAUUGGCACUGACAAAGAAGCAAGAAAGUAGUCUGAUGACAUUUAUGGGUGAUAGAAUUAAGGCAAUCCAUGAAAGUGUCCAAAUAAUAACAUGGUUAUCCGUUAAAGCAAGAAUUGUGGGUAAUUUAGUAACCAAACUGGAUGCUGACUUGGAGACUUUUACCAGUUUGAUCAUAGUGGCCCUAAUCGUCACAUUUCUCACUUUAGUGAAUAACCCUGUAUACAUGGUUCAUUUCUUUAAGACUAUGUUGUUUUGUCAUUAACUUUUAGUCCGUUAUCAUUCAAGAGGAUUUAAUUCCAAUAUAGUUUGCAGUUUCCAGAUAGAAAAUAGCUCCCAACUUUGGAAUAUAUGUAUGCCAGACAAGAUGGGUUAUGUCAAAAAGGGGAAAUGUCCUGAGUUAGCAGCCUAUACUAAAUUAAACAUACUCACACCAUGCUUUCUUGGCCCUUAUUUCCUGUAUUCCUAGGAGGGGGGACAUUAGAUAAUCAAAUCAGGAUGCAGGAAACUUUGGAUGUGUAAUAAGGGAAUAAUUUCAAAUUAUAGCAGGCAGUCUGCACUAUAUAUUUUUAUUCAUUGUUUUAUUUUAAAUCCAGUGUUAUGAAAUACAGAACCAAAACAAAAUAUGUCACUAUCUAUAUACUUUUGUUUUCAAUAGAUCAAAAUCCACAAGUCUGACUUCUGAGACACUAAGAAUUUAAUUGAGUAAUAGUUGUAUGCCAAAAUUAUAAUCCACCGCUUUCAAUACAUGGAAUAUCAUUUAUUUUCUUUCUUACAGGGAAAAUUAACUGUGAAGAAUCUGAUGCUAACCAGUAUCGGAAUGACACUGACAAGAGCAGUGGGGAGGUUGAAAACAGAGAAAAGCAAAAAAUCAAAGUCUUUUCUGAUUCUGACAGUGAUGAUAACAUACUUCUGCCGCGUCUGUUUGGGUAUGAUAAAGAAGAGGCUCAGAAUGUCUACCAUAUUUAUACCUCUGACUUACCUCAAUAUGAUAAUGCAACAAUGGCUGUGGAGAUGAAGGAUGGGAUGAAGUUAAAAUAUUCCCAAGGUAAAUUGGUAAACUUAGUAAAUUAACACAACUUAAUUGCAGACUCAUAUCUGAGUGUAGAUUUCAUCUGUAUGUAGUACUAUCCAUCAAGAUAUAGCUGCAAAAAAUAUAUUAGAUGCACACAGGUAUAAACACAAACCAAGCACCUUAAAAAAGUAUAUUUAGUGUCAGUCUGUGAAUUUUAUGUAUUAGAAUUUGUGUGAUUGUUUUAGAGAGUGUUUCUAACAAUGCUACCAAUACAAUGUAUAGAUUUAACGGACUCAUCUUUUAUUGAAAUUAAAGUUUUGUGUACCAUGACAGGCCCUCUAUUAAAACUGAUCCAUCAUGUUUAUGAAUUUGGAACCAACUGCCAUUACGGGUAACCAGUGGGGAGAGGCAGUGGAUUAAAAAUAUAUCAAAACAGAGAGACAGACAAUAAAACUGAACAUUUGCCAGCAUAUGUAAUUAGUUAACUAUUGUAGUAGAACAUCAUCUUGCCAGGCAUCAAAGCAUACCUUGGAAGAGUAAAAACAAGAAAUGUUGUUAAGGGCUUACAGCCUAUCAUUAUCUUCCAAGAAUGGACAAAUAACAGGAGACCAUCCCCCUUGAGUCUGCUGCCCUUCUGAGGGCUGGCACGGAGGCCAGAGACACCUUUCAGCUCCUGAGCCCUGCUGGUAUCUGUGAAAGCACAGCUGCAAGAGGACGGAACCUGAGUCCUUUGGUGCUACCAGAUGCUGUCAGUGCACCCAUCCCAGACUUAGUCCUCUGAAUCAUUUUACUAAGCGGAAUACAAGAAUCUAUCCAGGACUCUCCCAUUAAUGCUAAGUGAAAAAAGAAGCGGCAUAUUAAUAAAUUUUUCAUGAUUUGAUUUCUUGUUUAUAGAUGCACAGAAAGUGGUAUGACAGCGCAGAAACAUAUCAAUAUUACUGGGUUUUACAUCAGACACUGUAAUCGAGUGCCCUGUAUGUAUCUUUCUUCUCUUGUACUGCCUCAUAUUGCUUUAGCACUAUCCAAGGAUUUUUUUAUUUACAUAUUGCAUAGAAUUAUUGAUUAAUUGAUCCAUCCUUUGUAGAGAUGGAAAGCGUUAAGAUUUGAGAAUCUUUAUAUUUGUACUCUCCAUUAAGUGAUUCUUGAUAUUGAUACUUUUAUAUACUUUAUACUAUUGUAUUUAUCCCCUUUUGUGUAAUGAAAUGGGGGCGGGGGGGCGGAGCUAAUGCCCGAUCACACAAGACGCAUGUUUGUGGAACUCCGGAUGAAACAGAACUCCAGAAAAACAGAAAAAUAGAUUAUUUUUGUCUUUCAAAGUGCCCAGUUUGCUCUAUGGACACAUUGGCCAAUGCUCCAAAAAACACUGGACCAUUUGGAAUUGGGUUCCAAAGAUAUUGGGGGUUUUAUGCUGCAGGUGCUGAGGCCUACUCCUAUAAAAAGGGUGCUUGCUUCUCUCGACUCUCCAGCCUUGUCGGGGGGGAAGAGGUAGUGGGGACUUUCCUACAAACGAUUCCACAAACAACCAGGCUUCUUCAACUAGGGCCUAUAUAAAGGCUCUCUUCAGUGAUUUCUGCAAAACGCUUCAGUCUGAUAUGGUGGUCAUCUGGGAGGAAGUGGCCACAUUAACAGUUCAAAUACGGGCUGUUGAAGAAGACUUGGGGGGAGCUUGUGUGGCACAAUCAGACACCAAUGCUACUCUGGGGGAGCUAUCGAAGAGUAGAUUUUGGCAUUUUAAUGACUGAGACUAAUAAUUUAACUUACCUAUAAUUAUAAUAAGUAUUUUAAUUUGUAAGAAUUUUUGUAGUUCUGUACAGAGUGUAAAUAGAUGUGUAGAGUAUUAUACUUGAGCUGGGCUUUCUUGAGAUUGUCAGUGUGAAUCAACAUGCACCAUAGGAUGAAAUUUACAAGCAAAUCCCCAGUUAUAGCUGUGACCUUGUGCUGUCUGCACUGUAGUGCUAAGCAAUAACAGUGUACAAGAUACGUUAUCUAUCGAACAGUGCUUUGACAUGGUCUAGUGAUCAUUCUGCUGCUGCUCUGAGCAGACUGUGUUCAAUUAAAAGGCUAUGUAUUUGCUUGGAUAGUUUCUGACAUACAGUAUAUCGCACUUGAAAAAUAUAUCCGUUAUACAUUUUCUCUUGAAGCUGAAUAUUUUUAUGCACUGACUGUGACUAUAUUUUUAAUAAAACAUUUCCAUUAUUAUUAGACUGUUGCAGAAUUUGGAAAUACCUUUAUUCUUGCUAUUUUAUUUUUUUGUAAUUUUAUUUUAACAUCUGGAAAGGUCACACAACGACAGAUCGUUUUGUGACUCUUUCAUCUUUAUUUGAACAUAGCAAGGCACAAAGAUCAUUGCUGAGACAGCAUUGUCCCCCCAUGCUUUUGACAAUGGAUGGUCUGCAGCACCUGUCUUAACAGGCAACUGGUAAGAGUUAUUGUUUUUAAUACCCUUUAGAGUGAGAAACAUCUUAACAUGCACCUGGGAAUAGAUUUAGAGUAACUGGUGAUUUCAGAGAGCCAUUUCCAUACAAAAACCCUAGAUCCCUCAUAGCUCUUGCAUUCAUUGCAAUAUCCAUAGAGAUGCAAGCUAUCGCAAACCUUCAUGUGUAUAAGCUGCACAUAUUGCAAUGGUCAACUUAAAGAGACAUGCAUUACUUCACAGCAAGCAAACACGUUUACACAAAUAUAAACCUAAAAUAUAGCAGGAAAUGUCUGAAAAGUACAUAAAUGUUUUUAAACUUUCUACAAAUUUUCGCAGACUGGCUUGUCCGGCACGUCUCUCAGCUGGAGUUGUUUACUGGGUUUGCUUUAUUACUUUAAAGCAGUGGUUCUUAACCCCUGAAUUUGUACCCGAAUUUGGGUCCCCAUGCUGUUUUGGUGGGUCACCAAUAGUAUGGAACAGGCACAUUAUAUGUAUUAGGGCUCAGGCAAAUGUCAAAAUGAAUUGCACUUUGGAAAGAGUAUAAUAGUUAUUUUUUGCAGAAUAUCUUUUGUUUUAUAUUGCAUUACAAUGAAAAAAUGGUUCACUGAGCUAAUUUAACAAUUGAACACUAGGUCACAAGCAAAUGUCAUGUAUUAAGUUUGAAAAAGUUACAAACCACUAUUCUGCAGGCCUUCCAACUGUCCUGAUUACGGUGUGACAGUCCAGAUUGUAGGUUCCUAUCCUGCUAGCCCGGUUUUGUUCCCUGGUGUCCUAUUCUUAGAGACACCAGGAAACUGUCUCCAAAAUGCCCAGCAUAAAUGCAUCAUUUGAUGUGCUCACACCACUAACUGCACUAUGAUCCUGCAGAAAGCACAGAUGCAGUGUGCCCUCCAUGGUCUGUAGGCUUACCUGCCAGUUCUCUGGGCGGCCUGGCCAUUGCACCAAUGGCCUUCCCACUGGUGUCAUGAUUCAAGGAAUAUGCACACAAAAAAACAAGUAAAAUAUGGCGCUACAAAUUGUGACAAACAAUCAAUAUUUCAAUAAAAACAGCAUCUCCCAAAUGCAAUAAACCAAUAUACACUAAUACAUGCAAUGCAACCAAACAAAGGUGCGCUAAAAUAUUAAAAGUGAUAUGUAUAUCCAAAAUGAGAGAAAAAAAACACAAUAUCAUAAAGUGCACAAUUAAAAGUGCAUGGUGUAUUAAAGUGCACAAUUAUGACCAAAGUGCAAUUGCAAAAUAAAGUGCAAAAACAGUAAAUUUGUGUGAUAAAAAAAUUGCUACCUUGUGCAAUCUUAAAAUACAAACCUAUCUUACUUACAUAUUACUUUAGACUUUCACUGAUAUGUACAUAAAGAGAAAACGUAAAAAUAACAUAUAAGGUGAUACUGUUAUAGAUAGUACAAUAUAUAAGUGGUACUAUAUGCACUCACAAACAAGGAGCAAGUAAGACUGCUAAAGCUGUCAAGGCUCCUCUUCACCACCAUACAGCAUUCAACUUCCUCCUGUGGGGUGGACCAAUCUUGUAAAAUAUGUGCACAACCAAAAAAUAUUGAUCUUCCAAAAUCUUUAUUACCACAAUAAAAGAUAAAAACAAAAAAACUGGAGUCCUCAAACAGCAGUCUCUCACCUCAGCCCUUAUGUGGGAUUACUAAGGACUAGCUCUGUGUAGAAACGAUCCAAAAACAGUUCCGGGGGGGCGUGUGACGUCUGACGUUGCGUAACGGAUGACGUCAGGCAUGAUGACGCGUUUCAACGAUUGUAUCGGCUUCUUCAGAUCUGCCCAACUCUGGCAAUCACUCUAGUUUAAAUCCAUUCUAUAGGCGUAUACAGCCCAAAACAUAGACAUAGAAUACGUAGACGCCACAUUGCGUGCUGAGCGGCGAGAAAUGCAAUCGCCAUCUUGGACUGGGCGCUGCUCUACUCAAGCUAUUGAAGAACACUUGGAAAGUCCAUCUCACAAAAGGUAAGUGAAGGACUUGGAGCACUUAUAGUCCUUAAUACCCAUACCCCUGCACACAGUGUUAAUACCCCUACCCACAGUGUUAAUACCCCUAUCCCAGCACACAUAAUGUUAAUACCCCUACCCCAGCACACAUAGUGUUUAAUACCCCUAUCCCAGUACACAGUGUUAAUACCCAUAUCCCAGCACUAGGUGUUUUUAGGGGUAUUGAGUCCUUCACUUACCUUUUGUGAGAUGGACUUUCCAAGUGUUCUUCAAUAGCUUGAGUAGAGCGGUGCCCAGUCCAAGAUGGCGCCCGCAUUUCUUGCCGCUCAGCACGCAAUGCCAUAGAUGUGCGGCGUCUAUGUAUUCUAUGUCUAUGGUCCAAAAGAGUCCAAGAAUCCUAUAAAGUCAUUGGUUAUGCUGCAAGCUUUAUGCAAAUGCAUUAAAGAGACAAUUUACAACAGACAAGGGGAAUUACUCACUAAACAAUGCAUUGAAAAAGGGAAAAAAAGGGGAAAUAUGUCAAACUUUAGAUUUACAACACGCAUUACAAUAAUAUUGUAUUAUAUGGUAAAACAUCAAACAAUAUUAAAAAAGAAAAGGAAAAAAAGAAAGAAAAAAAAUCGUAAAAUUCAUAAACUAAUAAAAAAUAUAGAUUCCAUAAAGAUAUUAAAGAGAUAAUUACUUUAUACUUUAACCAAUCUCAUAUUUAAUAUUUGUUCUAAUAUAUAAUAUAAUAUAAAUAUUUAGGGGGGAUAGAAGUCACAACAAUUACCACUUAAGGUACUGGUGCAAAUUCUCUUAAAGAGAUAGACCUUACUACCGAAAUAUAAUACACAGUUAAUAUGUAAAAUGUAAAAUUGUUUAAAAUUCAAAAAAUCUAAAAAUCAGAACAUAAACAAAAGAAAAAAGAGGAAUACACAUAAUUGUAAUUCUAUAAAAAAAAAAAAAAAGAUCGAACUCUAUAUUGAGGCCAUAUGGUUCUAGUGUGUUGAGUCUAUAGACCCAUCUCAUUUCAUCCUUACCAACUUCCUUAACCCCUUAAGGAUACAUAACAUGUGUGACAUGUCAUGAUUCCCUUUUAUUUCAGAAGUUUGGUCCUUAAGGGGUUAAUAUAAUUACUCCUUCUUUGGGGUUUCUUAACUCUUAACUAUUUGUAUCCCAAGGAAAGUUAAGCCUCUGGGAUCCAUAUUAUGCCUUUCCUUAUAAUGAGCAGAUACACUAUGCUGUGUAUACCCUUUUAAAAUAUUAUAAACGCGCUCACCAAUCCUAAUCUGCAAUGGCCGUAUGGCGCGGCCCACAUACUGUAGGCCACAUGGACAAAUUAAAAGAUAUAUCACAUUUCUAGUAUUACCCGUAAUGAAAUCCUUAAUUAAAAAUCUCCUUUCAAAGUUCUAAAUUUAUCUACUCCUUUCAAGGUCUUGUUCUUACUAUACUUGCACGCCGUGCACUUAUUGCACAAAUAAAAUUUACUGUUUUUGCACUUUAUUUUGCAAUUGCACUUUGGUCAUAAUUGUGCACUUUAAUACAUCAUGCACUUUUAAUUGUGCACUUUGAGAUAUUGUGUUUUUUUUUCUCUCACUAUUGAUUUAUGAUUUAAGGAAUAGCAAUGUUGGGCGAAGUAUGGAUCUGUAGUAUAGAACCUAUACAUUAGAUUUAAACAUUCAGAGACUGCAAUCUGGUGUAUAGUAUCAAUGUCUUCAUAUGUUCAUAUCUCAAAAUUGCCUUUAUUUGAUUGGCAGAGUGCAAGAGCUGUAUACUGUAUAUGAAACAUAUAUAAUGUCUUGCAAGUAGCCUGUCCUGAAAAAUUAUAAUCAACCCAUUUUGCUGUUGAAUCAUGGGAGCCCAGUAUAUAGAUAACACAAGUCACUGUGACAACACUUUGUGAUGUAGGUAAUGCUAGAACAGUCUGCAGGAAAGUGGUCAAGCACAUAUAUUGCUUUUAUUUAUUUUACAGGUUUUGUUUGAUAUAGUGCAUGUAGCUGAAUACAGCCCACCAUUUAAAAUAUGUGCAGUAUGUCUACUUUUACCGAGGGUAAAGUAUAUCAGUAAUUGGUCGUAGCCAUAGUAACAGGUCAACUAAGAGAUUUUGCAGCAGAAGAUUGACAUCAUUAAAUGUGUUCAUGUGGCUACGCAGGCAAUUUUGCAGAAAAAUGCUAACACUAAACACUUUAUAAAUACGGGGAAUAUUGUGCUUUGUAUUUUUCAUAUCAGCGGUUACUGUAGGAGAAUCAAUGCUUGGAACAGCUGUGAUUGUUUGUCUAUUAUAUUUAUAUAUAUUUUAAUGAUUUCUGAAUGUUUUGUUGUUUUUUUUGUUUGUUUGUUUUUGCCUGUUUGUGGUAGGCUUUUUCUUCUGUGAAAGAGCACAUUAUUAUUAUUUUGCAUUUGACAUGGAUUAGCCUUAAAAUACUUAAAAUAAUGUAUGAUUACUGGAAAAUACAGGCCGUGAUUAUAGAAGCACAACACUGACAGUUUUAUAAGUCACUUCCUCUCGGAAAGCAAGUGGCAUUGCUCCUUGUUUUUUUCAUUUCAUUAAAAUUCACUUUUUUUUUUUACAUUUAUAAUAUGUGACCCAAUUCUUGCUAUCUUAAUGUGUUCGUCUGCAUAUGGCAGUAUUUAUUUGUAAUGAAAUACUGUAUAUAUUCCAGGCAUGUCUAGAAAUCAACAUAUUGGUCGUUUUUAUAUGCGGUCUGAAUAAUAAUUUUAUAGGACAUUUGUGCGAGAGUCGUGUGUGUAUGGUUCAGUUUCUGUCAAAGAAAAACAAACAACAGAUGAACCACAGCUUGGGAAAUAUGUCCAACAGGUGUAGUCAGUGCUCUACAACAAGCAAAAAAAUUCACAACUUGAGUAUCUAAUUUCUCAUUGAAGAAGAUCCAAUCUCUUUUCACCUUUUCGUGUUUCCCUCCUCCAGUCUUUUCCCAAUGCCUUUUCCAAUGUCUUUCUAUCUGUGCAUCAUUAUGCACUAGAUGAAAUGUGGCUAUCAUUACAUAGAAGUGUAUUGUUCUUUCUUUUAGAAGUAUGUUCCCCAGUUUCUACCAGAAUUGUUUCAAGCUUCCAUGGCUCAUCAGGCUCACUUUCCCGGCGUUUUACCUCUUUACCACUCUCUUUACCACUGUUCCUCUGCCAGUCUCUCUUUUCCAUUACGAUCAACCUUUUUCACCUUAAUGCCAAGCAGUUUCUCCAUUCUUCUUAGCAUUGCCUAUUUCCCUCCCUCUGCCUGUCUUUUGUGUUUCUUUGCAUUAGUCUCCGUUACUAAUUAUUGCUAGGUGGCAAAAAGACCAGGGGAUUCAGCCCAAGGGUAGAUUUCAUGACCAUUUCCAGACUAUAUUUGUUUGUAUCUUCAAAUGUUGAGUGUUCUUAUUAUUUCUAUAUUAGAAACCUAAAUGUAAGUUUUCAGGCGAAUUUGGCAAACAAUUAAAAUGUGCAAAAAUUGUACCUGAGGUUUUACCUGAGCCCACUUGGGUCUACAGUCUAGGUAAGCCCUCCAGCAAUACCUUGUGUUGCUUACCUCUAAUACUUAUGAUGGAACUGUGUGUGAUAGGGAUUGUGUGCAGGGAGCUACAUGCGGGGAGUUGUAUGUUGUCUGCACCACUCCAUGCAGAUAGGUGUGUUGAUGUAUUCCUGAUGUGAGCUUUGUGUGGCAGGCUUCAUGUGUAAUGGGAAAUGUGUGUAAUAGCAUGCUUAUACUUCCCAACAUUUGAAAUGGACAAAGAAACAUAGAAACAUAGAAUGUGACUGCAGAUAAGAACUGUUUGGCCCAUCGAGUCUGCCCAAUUUUCUAAAUACCUUUAUUAGAUCCUGGCUUUAUAUCUAGGCUAUCCUUAUGCCUAUCCCACACAUGCCUAUCCCACACAUGCUUAAACUCCCUCACUGUGUUAUGCACUACCACUUCAGCUGGAAGACUAUUCCAUGCAUCUCCUAACCUGUAUGUAAAGUAAAACUUCCUUAAAUUAUUUUUAAACCUUUGCCUCUCUAAUUUAAGACUAUGUCAUCGUGUUGUGGUAGUUUUUCUUCGUUUAAUUAUAGUCUCCUUUACUGUGUUGAUUCCCUUUAUGUAUUUAAAUGUUUCUGUCAUAUCCCCCCAUCUCGUCUUUCUUCCAAGCUAUACAUGUUCUUUAUCCUGUUUUAUCCUGCAAUCCAUGAACCAGUUUAGUAUCCCUUCUUUGAAUGCUUUCCAAAGUAUCAAUAUCCUUCUGAAGAUGUGGUCUCCAGUACUGCUUACAAUGCUCCAAGUCAGGUCUUACCUGUGUUCUGUACAAUGGCAUGAGCACUUCCGUUUUUCUACUGCUAAUACCUCUCCAUAUAACCAAGCAUUCUCCUAGCAUUUCCUGCUGCACUAUUGCAUUUGUACAACAAAUUAUCCCUUCACACCACACCAGUGUAUAACAAGGAUAAAGCUACUUAGCUUGAAAUUGCAGCUUCCCAAGGUCCCUUCCCUGUGGGUGACCUCAUACAAAUAUAAUACAAAAUAGAAAUUGGGAUACAGCUGAGUAUCAAAGAAAAAAAAUAACAACAAAUAAUAGUGCAACACUGUUGGUAAUCAAAAAAACCAUGAGUGGUGGAACUCACAGACUCCAAGUGUUUAAGGUGCCUUAAGGUUGCCUUCCCUCUGUGGGAGGUCAGGAUCCUCUGUAUGUUGUUCAUGCUCCGGAUGGCAAUCAGGAACCAGGUCAGUAGGUAUAAAGAAUUUAUUAGCUCCAAAUGUAUUCAAAAUAUAUCAAAUAUAAAAGCAAAUAUUAGAUCACUGGACCACAGAGGGAAGCCAACCUUAAGGCGCCUUAAACAGUUGGAGUCUGUGAGUUCCACAAUUAGUGGGGGCACCGCUCUUUGAUUAUCAACAGUGUUGCACUAUUAUUUGUUAUUCUUUUUUCUUAGAUUAUCAGCUUUAUCCCAAUUUCUAUAUUGCUCUAUGACAUUGCCUGCCUACCUUUAAGUAAUCUGAUAUAAUUACUCCUGAAAAGAGGGAUACGUUACUGUUAGGGGUGUGAGUGGGGGGGGGUGUUCAGGGAUGGGGCUGUUUUGAGAAACUCUAGGUGAUUUACUAUUAGCAAUUUAUGCAACUAAAAUGUAUUUUAUAGCAAUGUACCUUAUUUAUACAUACUAUUUUCUAAAUACAUUUAUUUAGGUUUAUUGGGAAAUUACUGUGCGUAUUGUUGCUGUGGUGCUCUGUUACACAUUCUGACACAACAACAAUAUGGGUCUCCUUGAAAAAGAGGGACAAUAGGAUAGAAAAGAGGGACAGAGGGAAAUGGGCACAAAAUAGCCACUAUCCCUCCUAAAUAGGCAAAAUUGGGUGGCAUGCAUGCAUGUGAUGGUUGUGUUGGGUGUUGCAUAUGGAUGUUUGAUGACAACUGAGAGAAGUAGGAAUACUUCGGUAGUUGGUUGUUACCUUUUGGGCAGGGAGAGGACAUUCUCCAUAGUGGUUCCUGUGUGAGAAAAAAUGUGGUCUGUAUCUUCAGAAACAGUAGGUCACUGUCAUUGCUUCCUUGUGUAUGAACUGGAGCAGUGGACGAGUAACCUGGCAGCUGUUCUCUGAUUUACCCAUUGUGAGGGAGUGCAGACAGUAAUUUAAAUUAGUAAACUUGACUAAUGCCUGGUCUAAGUGUGCUGGAGGAUUUCCUGUUGCUAGUGAUACUUGAUUGUCUGUCCUCUAUGGUCUCUGUGUUUUCUGUGAGGUGUGUUUUCUUACUGUCUUUCCUCAGUUCCUCUGUAUCUCUUGAUACACAGCCUUUCCCAUAUUCAUGUGUACUCUGUCCUGAUUUCUACAUACUGCUGUUGUGCUAUAAAUAGAACAACCAUGCCUCCAAACAGUCCUGAUUCUGGCUGGAUAGUCAAGAUUUUCAGGUCAUGACAUAAUUCCCUAGUGGGACAUCAGGGAAAUUUUUCCCCAAUAAGCAUAGCACAAGCCCAUCAUAAAGCACGCUCACGAUAUGUUCAGAGCACUAGUACUGCCCUCAGUUGGCUGGCCUAACAUGGUAGCCUGGCAGCCUGGUGUGUAUUCAUGCCAGGCAGACCUGCCAGUAAAGGGUGUCUUUUGGGGCAGAGCCAGGCAGUUUUGUUAUUGCAUCAUGUGUCUGCCCCUUCACAUAUUUAUACACAGAAAGUUAACGUUGCAGCAUAAUGCUACAAUUGUUUAAAUUGUUGUUUGCUUGUUUUUUUAAAACCAAUUUACACUCAAUACUCUUAUAAUUACAAAGCAAAACAUGUUUUACUUCAUUGCAAACAUAUUAAACAGAAAUAAAAAGUAUUCAGUGGAUAACUUAGUGGAAACAAAAAUGAUUACAGCCUUAAGUCUUUUUGGUAUGAUGCAAGCAGCUUUGCACACCUAGAUUUGGGUAGUUUCUGCCAUUCAUCUCUGCAGAUUCUGUCAAGCUGCAUUAGGCGGGAUGGGGACCAUUUGUGGGCUGCCAUUUGAGGUCUCUCCAGAGAUGUUCGAUUGGGUUCAAGUCCGUGCUUUGACUGGGCCACUCAUGGACAGAGUUGUCCUUAGCUACGUUUGCAUUGUCUUGGCUGUGUUUUUGUGGUCACUCCGGUUGUAAGGUAAAUCUUUGGCCCAGUGUGAGAUCCUGAUGCCUAAAGCCUGCUCUUAUGAGAUUAACCAAAUGUAAGUACAUUCGAUAUGCAUUUUGGGGAUUUAUUGCAAUGUAUACAAUAAGACCCUUUAAAGGACUAUCUGGGAAGGGUAAUUUGGUCACAACAGAAUAAUGGAAAAGAAACUUAGCUCUCACCUGAAAACGCAUAUUUUAUUAAGGUAAUGCUGGAUCAAUAAAUGAAACAUUGCACUACAGGGAACCUCAAUAAAUGGCUGUCCCUUGUAAGUGAUAUUAGGCUGUUAGAAUAAGACCUGCCAAAAAUGGGAUGUUGUGGCAAAAAUAUGUACUGUAUUCAUUUAAUUCAACAAUACCAACACACAGCAACCCUACUUCUGAAUUAAUAUAACUGUAAUCAGUACCAGUGAAGCUCCACUGAAUGCAACUGACCUCUGUAAAUACGGGACUAAAUAUGCACAACCAAAUGACGAGUCGCAACAUAAUUGUCCCUAUCUGUCUGUAAAUAAGGUUCAACUGAAAUUACACAAUUUUUUUAGAUGGAAUUUGCAAGUAGAUGAGAAACAAUUCUAUUGUUAUGUUUGCCUUGUUUUUAAAAACAUUGUACUUAUUAGAAUUAAUUUAAAGUUGGGUGCUCUGUAAUCUCUUUGCAGUAAUCUUGGUCAGAGGCAUCCUUAUAAAAUAUGCAUGUCCAGGUGAGUGCAAUAUUUCACACAUCUAUCAUAACAGGAGGAAAAGUACAUAUGUGUAUUUUAGAGCCACUAUGCAGAACAGUAUAUACCAAACAUAGAUACAAGAUACCCAGUUUCAAUAAGGGAACUGGAUUUAAAGUCAUUAGUUAAACAAUUUUGGCAGCAUUUGUGAGUAGCUGUAUUCCUAAAUCUAAAUAUGCCAUAUUCUUGUACCAAUACUCAUAAGGAGAGUAUUUUAACUUUUUUAUUUAACUUUUUCAUAACUACUGGAAGUGUCAGAACUUUUUGUUUUUGUAUUUUAGUUUGUACUGUAAUAUUUAUUGUGUGUAUUGUUAAGUUAAGGGAAUUACCAUUCAACUCAAUGUUUUAAUUAAAUUUAAUUACCACUCAACACAAUGUUUUAAUUACCACUCAACUCAAUGGUUUAAUUAAAUUAAAUUUAAUUUGAAAGCUGUAAUGAAUGACUAAAACAGUACCGAAUGAUUACUUUAAUUUGUACAAUACUAAUUAAUUAGGAUACUCAUACAGGGGAGGUACAUGUUCAGUGCCGGUUUUAAGGAUUCAAAAAAUACCAAAUAGAAACAAGAGGUGGAUGAAGCAUAAGGCAGAUUAUAUGGUUUUCACUCUUUUAUAUCACAUUUUGUUUCCAGUAGGUUCAGAGGAAGAAUGCAAACAUGAAACUGAAUCAUGGAAUGAACAAGAUAAGUGUUCCGAAGAAAAAACUGACAAUAAUGAAGAACCACUUAUAGUGGCUUCUACUGAUGAUGAUUUGUAUGUAGUAUUUGAAACUUCCACAAAAGAUACACAACAAAAACAAACAUAUUCUGUACAAGAACAAACAGUUCCAGAACCAACAUCGGUCUCGGCAAUAGAAUGUGGUGCAUUCUAUACUGAUCCAGGUACAACUGAUUAAGAAUACACUAAAUGGUACUUGCUUUUCAUUCCAAUGAUAGCAUGUAUGGGACAUAAAUAUAAUAGCUUGCAUUAAGGCACAAACAAUAUCCUUAAGCACAAUUUUUUCGAGAAUCUCAAAUUGGUUGGGAAACUGUAGAGUUCAUGUUUACUGAGGGAUGUAUGAAUUACUUCAUUUGCUUUUCUUGCUUGCCUACUCAUUUUCCCUCAAGAAUCAAUCAAGAAAUCCAUUAUCGAAUAUCCCUUUGUAUCUGCCCACACUUCUAACUAUACAAACCAGACCUUGGUACACGAUAAAUCCCCACUACUAUCUACUAUGUACUGCUUUUAUCCAUGUAUCUGUAUGUUUGUUUGUUUAAAAUGCUGCAUUUCUACAAGACAUUUGUAUUGUUUUUAGGAAUUCAUAUUCACACAGGCUGGAGAUAAGGAAAUAAGGGCAUUGGCUAAAGAAACACUGCCUAAAUAAUUAUUAUUUUUUUUUAAAGUACAAAACACUAUUUAGAAUAUAUAUCCCAAAAUAAACAUGCUUGAUUUUAAUUAUUAAUAUUUUUUCAUUUGGGUUCUGUCUACAACCAGCUUGCAAAAGUUGCAGAUCUGUCCAAUCACAGACUUUGCAAGGCAGUUGCUCUGGGCAGUUACCUGCCUCUUGAGUUUUGCUCCAGAGAGCUAUACAAAGAGGAAGUAACAGGCCUGGUUGUAUCUUUUCAGUCUAUGUAACUAUGUAAUUGAAGGGAAGAGGAGUGUGAAAAGCUACCGAAUGCUUAACUAUGGACAAUUGGAUUGUCUGAGAUUGUGAAAUCUGACGAUCUCAGGCAAGGAGCUGACUGGCCAGAGAGACCAGCGCAGUGCUAGAGAAGAGGUAACUAAAAUACCUUUGUAAAGGGAGACGAGGGGGCAAGAACCUAAACAGUUCUAUUACCACUACAUUGUCAGGAAUACGUUUGUUUUCCUGACACUAUAGUGUUUAAGACUUUAGCAUUAAAAAUACAGUAUGUAUUUUCAUAACAUUAAAGUGUAAAGUGUCUCUUUAACAUUAAAUAUAGCAUUUCCUAACCUGUCUUCAUUCCAGUUUUAUUAUAUUUAGACAUAGCACAUUGUAAUCAAUGUACAUGCUAACAGUAUUAAGAAUAUGCAUCUAUUCUAAAUGCAAAUCACACAUAUAUAUUGCUUGGCCACCCUCAAGCAUCAAUCUAGCACCGAUCUUUAACAGAUGAGAUGAAGCAGAUAUACAAUUUCUAAUCUUUAAUACUCACCGCUUGUCUUUAAUCUAAAGCUUUUCUUCAAUUUAUUUCCUCUCUGAGCCAUCAGAUAUCACUUGUGUGGUGAGGGUGUAUCUAUGUCAUGCCCACUGUGAAUGAUUCAUUGUCAAUUGUAAAAAUAUUGUCAAUUAAUGUGGUGUGAUCAUUGUUUCACUGUCAAUAUAUGGGUAACUACGGUGAUGUGUGUAGUCACGUGGAUGCAUGGAAUGGUAAUCCAAUAGAGGUGGUAUUAUUAUCGUUAUUGGUAUGAUUGAUUACAGCAUGGUAAGGGUUAAUUUGGCUGCUUUUAACUAAGAACUAUGAAGUAAAGUGUAUCUGGAAAGCAAAUAGUUAAAUGUUGUUGGUGUCCCGGAAAAUACUUUAAAUGUUAUAGCAAUUAUGGUAUGUUAUAUUUUCCUGUUUGGAAACAAAACGAUAAAAUUUACAAGUGGUCUCUGAGGCCCAGUAAUAUUUAUUUCUACCUGAGCCUUGUUAGAUAGGCUUUAUGAGUUGAGAUGCAACACAACACUUACAAUAUAUACUGUAAGUUCAGUAAAGGGUCACUCACAUGGUUAUUCAAUAAAUGCCAGAUUUUUUUCUGGAUGAACAAAAUUCGGGGAAAAUGUUUAAAUUCCGACCGCAAUGACAAUUCUCAUAUUUACUAAAGUGAAAUAUGGUCAGAAUUUGGAUGGCCUGAACAAAUCUGCAACAGUUAUUUGAUCUGGAUGUAUUCAGUGUCUGGAUUAAAUUUAGUGGUUUUGCAUCCGAAUCCCAUAAAAAGUAUAUUAUUUGAAGGAUUCACAAAGUACCAAUAUUGACAAAAUUCAGAACUGAAUGCAUCUGGCAGGUUGCACAAUCCUAAAUUAUUGUUCACUCUCUUUUUUUGUACUAUUUGGGGCUAUUACAUUUUUAAAAAGUCGGGUCAAUGGUGGGGAGAUCUGCUUACUAAGGAGCAGACCUAAUGUUCCAACCCCAGGUUAUGGCCAUUGGCAGCAGGUUUGGACCCUAAUACCAAUAUACUGGAGAGGACCUAAUGUCCCCGUAUUGGCAUUGCAUAGGAGUUCUAAAUAAGUGUAAAGUGAAAAGUUGGACAUGCCAUUGUCAACCACCGAAAAUUGUCAUUGUCUAAACCACCAGGUGGCUAAUCCCCAAUCCCGUUGCAAUUCUUACUUUAAUAAGAUUGGGGGGAGACAAGCUGCCAAAUAAUUAACCAUCACGGCGCCAAGGGUUUUUUAAUUAUUUCCCUGCUUGCUACUAGCACAGCCAGCAUUAGUUUGGAUUUUUUUUUAAUCCAUGCCUGGAUUGGAAACAUCCGAAUUCAGAUUUGAAGCAUUCUGGUCCAGAUUUCAGCUGUUUGGUGGUGUUUGGUCCAGCAAAUGUAAAGACAUAAUGUUCUGUGCCAGAAUUGCAAAAUAAAGACAAUGUUAAAUAGAGUGAACAAUGUCAGGAUUUUGUAGUCUGAAUGGCCCUGUAUGCAAAGUAGAGAGGGAGGGCCAGCACUCCACUCAAAAUUUGGGUGCACAUCCCUAAGGUCACCUUUCAAUUACCUCAUAAACAGUAUAAAAAACAUUAAGGAGUCACACCAACUAAAAUAAAGAGAUUCAUUCCACCUGUGUGGAACUGGCAACAUUUUGACCCAACCUCGGGGUCUAUAUAAAGCUCUGUAUGCAGCCGGAUGGUUUUGCCCCGUUUGUAACAGGGCCAUUUGGACUUUAGUGAAUAACUUUGUUAAAGUUUUGGAUGGAUUUUAGAUGUAAUGGGGGUGAGGGGGCAUUAUGUAUGAAAUAUAUCUCAUAUGGUCCCAAAAUAAUUGUCUGGAUUCAUUGAGAAACAUAGAAACAUACAAUGUGACAGCAAAUAAUAACCAUUCGGCCAUCUAGUGUGCCAAUUUUUCUAAAUUACAUAGUUACAUAGUUACAUAGCUGAAAAGAGACUUGCGUCCAUCAAGUUCAGCCUUCCUCACAUAUGUUUUUGCUGUUGAUCCAAAAGAAGGAAAAAAAAAACAGUAUGAAGCGCUUCCAAUUUUGCAACAAACUAGGAAAAAAUUCCUUCUUCACCCCAAAAUAGCAGUCAGAUGUCUCCUUGGAUCAAGCAGCUAUUACCCCCAAAAUUUGAAAUUAUAUACCUGUAUUCUAUGUUUUUGCAAGUAUGUAUCCAAUUGCUGUUUAAACAUCUGCAUAGACUCUGACAAAACCACCUCUUCAGGCAAAGAAUUCCAUAUGCUUAUUGCUCUUACUGUAAAAAAAACUUUUCUUUUCCUUAGAUGAAAUCUCCUUUCUUCAAGCCUAAAUGUGCGACCUUGUGUCCUAUGUAUAGCACUGUUUAUGAAUAGAUUUCCAGAUAAUGGUUUGUGCUGGCCCCGAAUAUAUUUGUAUAAUGUUAUCAUAUCCCCUCUCAGGCGCCGUUUUUCCAAACUGAAGAGACUUACAUUUUUUAACCUUUCUUCAUAACUAAAAUGCUCCAUUCUUUUUAUCAAUUUGCACUCUGCACUUUUUCUAGUGCCAUGAUAUCUUUCUUUAGAACAGGUGCCCAAAAUUGCACAGCAUAUUCAAGAUGUGGUCUUACCAGCGAUUUAUAAAGAGGCAAAAUUAUAUUUUCAUCUCGAGAAUUUAUGCCCCUAUUUAUACAUGACAAAACCUUACUGGCCUUAGCAACGGCAGAUUGACAUUGCAUAUUGCUGCCUAAUUUGUUGUCUAUAACAAUUCCCAAAUCCUUCUCAUGUGUGGUUAUCCCUAGUACCAUUUAGGGUGUAAAUUGCUUGUGCAUUCUUAACCCCAAAGUGCAUAACUUUGCAUUUCUCUACAUUAAAUUUAAUCUGUAAUUUUAGUGCCCAGUCCCCCAAUCUAUCCAAAUCCCUCUGCAGCAAGGCAAUAUCCUGCUCACAUUUUAUUACUUUACAAAGUUUUGUGCCAUCUGCAAACACUGAUACAUGGCUUUCAAUGCCCAUUUCAAGAUAAUUUAUAAAUAUGUUAAAUAGAAGUGGUCCCAAAACAGAACCCUGAGGGACACCACUUACCACUUUUGUCCAGCUUGAAAAUGUACCAUUAAUGACAACUCGUUGUACUCUAUCCUUAAGCCAAUGUUCUACCCAAGAACAAGAAUAUUCAUCUACACCAAUUUCUUUUAGUUUGAAGACUAACCUAUUGUGAGGAACCGUAUCAAAUGCCUUGGCAAAAUCCAAGUAGAUCACAUCCACUGCAACACCCUGAUCUAUACUUCUACUUAUUUCUUCGUAGAAUGCAAUUAGGUUAGUUUGACAUGACCUAUGUUUCAUAAAACCAUGCUGAUUAUUGCUAAUAACACAGUUCUUCCCAAUGAAUUCCUGAACAUUAUCCCUUUAUAGCCGUUCAAAUAAUUUCCCAGUCACAGAAGUUAAACUCACAGGUCUAUAAUUUCCAGGCAAGGAUUUUGAACCCUUUUUAAAUAUAGGAACAACAUCUGCCUUCCUCCAAUCCUCCGGUACAAUACCUGAAACAAAAGAAUCUUGAAAAAUUAAAUACAGAGGUUAACUUAUUUCCCCACUUAGCUCCUUAAGUACUCAUGGGUGGAUACCGUCAGAGCUUUAUUUACAUUAAUUUUCUUUAAUAGCUGUAGCACCUUGUCUCGAGGUAUCCAAUCAUAAGUUAUCUGCAAGUUUGUUGCAGCAAUCAUUUGCUUAUCUCUUGCCAUAGGACCCUCAUUAAUAUAUACUGAAGAAAAAUAGUUAUUUAAAAUUUCUGCCUUUUCCUGGUCUUCAUUGACUAACAGACCCAUCUCUGUUUUCAGUGUACCUACACUUUCAUUUUUUGUUUUUUUUAGAAUUGAUGUACUUGAAAAAAAUAGUGGGUUGGUUUUGCAUUCUUUGGCUAUCAUUUUCUCAUUUUCUAGUUUAGUCACUUUAAUUGCCUUUUUGCAAGUAUUAUUGGCUUCCUUAUAUCUUAUAUAAAAUGCCUCUGAUUUGUCCGAUUUAAAUGCUUUAAAUGCCCCUUUCUUAUUUUUAAUCUCGUUUUACUUUACUACUAAGCCACAUUGGUUUUAAUUUGUUUCUUUUAUAUUUAUUACCCAAUGGUACAUACAGUGAUUUGUUUGAAUAGUUUCCAUUUUUCCUCAGUGUUUUUAUCACUAAGGAGUUUAUGCCAGUCGAUAUGUUGUAGAGCUGCCCUAAUCUUAUUAAAAUUGGCAUUUUUAAAAAUUAUAAGUUUUAAUAUACCCCACGUGCUUUUGCUUUUUUGAGUUUAUUUCAAAAGUUACCAUAUUGUGAUCACUAUUUCCCAAAUGCUCCCCUACUUGAAUGUUAGUUAAAAGAUCAACAUUGUUUGUUAUAACGAGAUCCAGACAAGCAUCCUUUCUAGUUGGUGCUUGUACCAGUUGUGACAUAAAGGUAUCAUUUAACACAUUCAAAAAACUGAUUCCCCUUGCUGAAUUACUAGUCCCGCUAUCCCAAUUUAUAUCUGAGUAAUUAAAAUCUCCAAUAAUUAACGUGUUACCCUGAUUUGCAGCUUUCCCAAUUUGCUCUAACAGCAGUUCUUUCUCAUUAAUAUAUCCAUUUGGUGGUUUAUAACAUAUCCCAACCAAUAAUUUAUUUCCCUUUGUUUGCCCCAAGCAGAUAUCUACCCAGAAAGCUUCCACAUUUUCCUCGUCACACUCCACAUGCCUAAGAUUUGACUUUAACUCUAACAUGGCUAACAUACAAACAUACCCCACCACCCUUCUUGUUUUUCCUAUCCUUCCUAAAUAACGUGUACCCAUUUAAGUUAACUGCUCAGUCACAUGUCUCAUCCCACCAUGUUUCUGUUAUGCCUAUUAUAUCAUAUUGUUUAGUGUAUGCUAUUGCCUCUAGUUCCCCCAUUUUGUUAAAUAGGCUCCUUGCAUUAUUAAGCAUACAUUUAAUACUACCAUGAGUCAUUUGUACUUUUUGUGAAUUAUCAAUAUUACAUACCUCCUCUUUUCCGAGCUUUCCUCUCCCCAUCUCCACCCCCUUUGUUCUGAGCUAAAGCCCAUCUCAUUUCUAUACUAUCUCCAUUUUCUAGAUUGCUUUGACCCUCCCCCCUACUACUAGUUGAAAAUCUCCUAGCCAUCCUAUCCCCCAGCACAGCAGACCCUCUUCCGUUUAGGUGCAAUCCAUCACGACUAUACAGGUUGUACCCAAGCACAAAAUCGGCCCAGUGCUCUAAAAACCCAAAACCCUCUUUCCUGCACCACGACUUCAGCCACGCAUUGACCUCUCUAAUCUCCUGCUGCCUUUCUUCUGUAGCGUGCGGCACAAGUAAUAUUUCUGAAAAUAUUACCUUGGAGGUCUUUUUCUUUAGCUUACUUCCUAGAUCCCUCAACUCACUCUUUAGGACCUUCCAUUUUCCUCUGACUUUGUCAUUGGUACCAAUAUUGACCAUGACAGCUGGGUCAUCCCAAGCCCCUCCCAAUAAUCCCUCCACUCUGUCGGCAACAUGCCGGACCCGAGCACCCGGGAGACAGCAAACUGUCCGGUUGAGUCAAUCAGAGUGGUAGAUUACCCUAUCUACUCUCUUAAUAAUAGAGUCCCCUACCACCACAACCUGUCUAGACUUCCUUACCCUCUAAAUCCCACCCGUGCUAGAGGGGCUGUUCCCACGGCUGUUAGAAGGAACAGCUUCCUGCAGUACAGCUACUUCUGAGCUAAUGAUUCCAACAUCUUCACUCAAACGGGCAAAUCUGUUAGGCUGCACUAGAUCAGGACUAGCUAAACCUUUCCUCUUCCCUCCCCCUCUGCUUCCUCGCCCCACUGUUACCCAGCUACAUGCCUGUUCUCCAACUGUCUCAUCUCCUCCCACUCCAGUACCUGCACCCACAAAACUCUGCUCCGUGAGCAGCAGACUCCUCUCAAGAUUAUCAAUCUCCCUCAGUGUUGCAAUUUGCCUCUCCAGAUGUCCAAUCCGAGCUUCCAGAAAAGUCACUUGCUCACACCCACCACAGAGGUAUUGACCCUGGACAGAUUUAUCCAGGCAUGCAUACAUGCCUAAAUAAUCUCAUUAGUCACUGGCCUUAUCUUAUAGCUAGGAUAACCUUAUGAAUAUCCCAUGCAUGCUCAAACGCCUUCACUGUGUUAACCUCUACCACUUCAGCUGGUAGGCUAUUCCAUGCAUCCACUACCCUCUCAGUAAAGUAAUACUUCCUGAUAUUAUUUUUAAACCUUUGCCCCUCCAAUUUAAGACUAUGUCCUCUUGCUGUGGUAGUUUUUCUUAUUUUAAAUAUACCGUAGUCUCCUCCUUUACUAUGUUGAUUCCCUUUAAUCAAAUGUAUUUAUAUAUCCCCCCGUCUCGUCUUUCCUCCAAGCUAUACAUGCUACUUUCCUUGUACAUUUUAUCCUGCAAUCAUGAAACAGUUUAGUAGCACUUCUCUGAACUCUCUCCAAAGUAUCAAUAUCCUUUUGGAGAUACAAUCUCCAGUAAUGCGUACAAUAUACCAAGUGAGGUCUCACCAGUGUUCUGUACAAUGCAUGAGCACUUCCCUCUUUCUACUGCUAAUACAUCUUUCUAUACAACCAAGCAUUCUGUUAGAAUUUCCUGCUGCUCUAUUACAUUGUCUGCCUACCUUUUAAGUCAUCUGAAAUAAUUACCCCUAAAUCCCUUUCCUCAGACAUAGAGGUUAGGACUUUAUCAAAUAUUUAUACUCUAUGUAUCCACAUUAAAUCUCAGCUGCCACAGCUCUGACCAUUUUUCUAGUUUACCUAAAUCAUUUGCCAUUUGGCUUAUCCCUCAUGAUCUAGCUUAGGUACAAAGGGAUCAGAACAGGGCUGGAUUAACAUAGGGGCCGAUGGACCUGCAGCUCCAGGCCCAUGCCCAUGAAAUAGGCCCAUUGAUUAUUGAUAUAUCUAUAUAUUUUUUUACUACUCUUCACAUACUCUUGCUUAAGUUUGGAAACUUAAGAUGGAUGUAGGGGAACAAAACUUUUGUGCACUGACUGACAAUAAAUUUAGUUAAGACAAAGCUGACUCCAUUCACAGCAGAGUGCCAAACCCGGAAGUGUUACCGCAUGACAGGACACCCCACCUACGGAGCACUCUCCGGGUGCUAUUACCUCAGUUUUUGAGGGUAUCUUCUGUGAAAGGCAGUAAUCAACUUAUUUGCAUUUAUUUCAGAGGCUUUCUCCCAAGUGUUAUCUUCUUCUCCAUAACCCUUCCAUCUAAUAAGGUAUUGUAAGUUACCUCUAUGAAGUCUGGAGUCAAGAAUUCUCUCUAUUUCAUAUUCCAAUUCACCCUGUACUUCAAUGGGGUCAGGCUUUGACAAUUGUUCCCUAUGGAAGGGAUUUGGGAGAAAAGACUUGAGAAGGGAAACAUGAAAAACAGGAUGAAGUUUAAGUGAAGGAGGAAGUUUCAAUUUCACAGCAUUUUCAUUAAUAAUGGAUUCAAUUUGAAAAGGUCCAAGGAAAAGAGGACUAAGUUUCUUAGAAGGACGGUUAGUAGAAAUAUUUUUUGAUGAUAACCAAACAGUAUCACCAAUUUUAUAUUUAGGAAGAGCUCUCCUUUUAACAUCAUAAUUCCUUUCAAGAUUUUUCUUUAAUUGAUCAAACAAUGAGGACAUUUCCAUGUCUUGAAUAGAAACCAUCAGAUUAGAAGUUGCCUUGGAUCUUUGACAAACUGGACAUGAUUUUACAUAAGUUUCAAUGGUUUUGUCUUGACGAGGCCACCAAUAUUGUCUAGUAGAGAGUUCAAUUGUCUUUUUUAUCCCGGGAUGUCCAGCAAGGGGAGAAUCGUGAAUUAAUUUUAAAAGGUUAUAUCGGAGUUUUGGAGGAAUAUAAAUUCUGUUUUGGAAAUAAAAGAUUCCAUCUUUUUUGAACAAUUUAGGAGUAGAAGGUAGUUCAAGUUCUUUGAGAGAUAAUUGUUUCAGUUCAUCCAAUAUAGUAGUUGUAAGUCCAAUUAUUUUAUUGUUUGAUAACAUUGAGAAAGUUUUCUCUUUUGAAGAAGGAUCAACAGGAAUUCUGGAAAGAGCAUCAGCUUUUUUGUUAUGAGAUCCAUCAGAAAAAUCUGAAUAUGGUUCUGGUAGAGUUUCGUGACUUAAUUGAAAUAUAGGAAUUUGAGGGAGAGAAUUUUCCUUACAAUACUCAGAGUCCAUGGUGAGAGAAAAUGGAGCCCAACGAAUGAAGGGAUUAUGCAUUUGUAACCAAUUGAUUCCUAAGAUGAUUGGAAAAAGGGGGGAUUUUAUAAUAUCAAUAACAAGAAAUUCUGAAUGGUUAUUAUUGAUAGUGGUCAAAACAGAAAUAGUUUCAUUUUUUAUGGGACCAGAGGGGAUUAAAGAUCCAUCAAUAACUCUGAUGGAGACAAAAGAUGCUUUUUUCAGACAAGGAAUUUUAUUGGCUUCAACAAAUGAAGAAUCUAUGAAUAUCCCCGUAGCACCAGAAUCAAUAAUGGCCUCAGUCUUGAUUCUUUUUUUGUCCCACUGUAAAAUUAAAGGUACAGCAAACUGAUGAGAGGAGGAAGAGGGUAGUGUUUUUAGAAUUGAGAUAUUAAUUUUAGGUUUACCUCCCUUAGAGUGUUUUAGAAGAAUACAUUCUUGUAAGAGAUGUUCUUUAGAGGCACAGUACAUACAAAGAUUUAAGUCUCUCCUCCUUCUUUUUUCUUCCAUAGACAAAGGUCCCCUAGUUGAUCCAACUUCCAUAGGUUCACUGGGUUGCAAGGGUUUAUUAGGCAUUAGCAAAGGUGGAUUGGGUUUUUUCCAAAAUGAAUUAGAGAGAGCCUUUUCAGCUUUUCGUUCUCUGAUUCUUCUAUCUAUACUAAUAGAGAGUUGAAUUAAUGUAUCAAGCGUUGGGGGAAGAGUGGUUCUAGAUAGUUCAUCUUUAACUGUUUAAGAUAAUCCUAAAUGGAACUGAUUACGUAGAGCUAUAUCAUUCCAUUGGGUUUCUGAAGCCCAUCUUUUGAACUCAGCUAUAUAAUCCACCACUGGACGAUUUCUUUGUUGUAAUAAUCUAAUAGUAAGAUCAGCAGUAGCUUGUUUAUUAGGGUCCUCAUAAAGGAAUGACAUUGCUUCAAUAAAAUUAUCUAAAGAAUCCAAAAUAGGAUCUUCAUUUUCCAGAAAUGAAUGUGCCCAGGACAUAGGUUCACCCCUUAAGUAGGAAAUUAUUGAGACCUUAAUCCUGUCUGUGGGGUAAGCCCAGGGUUUGAGAGUAAACAAUAAUUUGCAUGAAUUCAAAAAUUCUUUAUAUUUAGAGCGAUCUCCCCAAAAAAUUUCGGGAUUGCAGAUAGCAGGGUCACUUGAAUGUGUAACUUUAUUUUGCAUUUCUCUAAUAUAAGAAAGAAGUCUCUCAUUAGCAAUUUGCAAAUCCUGCAUGCCUUGUGUGAGCAUUUCAACCCUGUGGGUUAAAGAGGUAAUUUGGGAAUUCACUUCUGCUGGUUCCAUUUUUUGGUGCUUGGUGAUUCUGUUACGCUACUUGGGUGAUUUGGAUUGGAACUCAACUGCAGCUUGUAAAACUCCCUAAUUACAAUAGUGAAGAAAUGGAUAAUCUUUAAACUAUCAAUACUGUAGGUUUAAGAAAAGAGAGAAUUGCUGGUAACUUGAUUCCAACAAAGUUUUAAUAAGUGUUAAACUUAAAAGAAUUGCAUUUAGGCAAUAAUCCAAGAAGUGCAAGUAAUCAACAAGACAAAGUUCAUUAAUAAGUAUUUCCUCAGAGAUGCAUUAAGUAACAUUCUUUAGGUUAAUGAGAAUAAUCUUCAAUAGUAACUUUAAGCAAGUGGAUGAGAAUAUUUGCAAAGCAGAAACAGUUCAUAGUUAAUAAGCACGAUGGGAGUUGUCCUCCAUAUAAUUAGUAGCUUGAAGCACUGAGUGUAUUUGCAAAGCAAGAAACAGUUCAUUGUGAAUAAGCAUGAUGGGAGUUGUCCUCCAUAUAAUUAGUAGCUUGAAGCAGUGAAGAUUUAAGUAAGCAAGCAUUAGUUCAUUAUUAAAUGAUAUUGUAGACAAAUAGCUGAAAGAUAUACUUAAGGUUAAUGUGAGUAGUCCACCAAUAGUUCAGAGGUAUGGUCCACUUGUAAAGUAAGUGAGUUUCUGUUCUCCAGUAAUCCUCUAUGGCAUGAAGUAUACUAUUCUUAGUCCAGAAGGCUAGGACGACAUCAGAGCUUGUAGAGCCGGCGUGUCCCAGGAGCCGGCGUGCAUACUCGGAAGUAGGACCCACAUUGCCAGAGCCUGAGAGGUAAGUCUGGCGGAAGUAGCUCCCAGUAGCUCCCAGUAUCACCAAGCACCCUCUCUCUGGCGCGGUCUCCCUAAAUACCGCCAGAGCCGUGUCAGAGUGGGGCCGGGUCUGGCUCCGCACAGCGGAGUGCCGAACCUGGAAGUGUUACGGCAUGACAAUUCCUGCAACCUGCUCAGAUUGCUUACCUCGCACCUUUAACCAGAAAUAUUUAUGUCAUAUCUGCUAAAAACCUACAGAACUUGUAAUCCUUUUGAGAGCAAAUCAUAUUUGUAGUGGAUUUCUGUUCUCCUUACCAAAAGUUAUUUUGGUGGAGAAGUACUGCUACUUUGCUAGUACAGUGAGUAUUAGAGAUUUUUGUUCAUUUUCUCUUUUAACUUAGACAUACAUAAUGGGAAAUACACUCGGAAAAAAAAUAUUGCAAUUGGAGUCCUACUGAACUGGAAAUGUAUAACACACAUUUGAAUCUGUCUUCUUAUAGAAGGCUUAUAGAAGGAUAAUCCUUUACUCUAGUACAGUGCAGUACUGUUUUCAAAGGGGUAAGUUCCAGUAGGACAUUACACCCUCUGGUACUGUAUGAAUGUAUGUGCACAUGCAAUGGGUCAGAAAAUUGUCUGAUAACCUAGUCCUAAAAGGACAAAAGAAACCAAAUCUUUUCAUUAUAUCAAUUACCUACACACAUUCUGCACACAAGUUGAGAAAAUAAGCAUUAAAUGCCCUAUGUCCUAUUGGGAGGUAACUGUGAUUUUUAAAUAAAUGCGAUUGAAACGUAUAAAAUAUUUAUAAAAAAUAUAAAAAUGUCAAAUAAAAAAAUCACAUUUAUUAAAAUUAAUGCCAGAAGGCAGUUUAGUAUGAACUUCACUGUGCUUAACUAUAUAAAUUGUGCUUUUCAGUAUAGAAAUAGUAUCAUUUCUUAUAACAGAUAGCCCAGAUAAUGGUGAUAAUGAAAACUUCUCAUGGAAUGAAGUCUCCAUCUAUCCCCAAGAAGGAAAUAAAGCUGAAUAUGAUGAUGACACAGUUAUAUUUGCUAAUUCUGAAGAUGAUGUGUACAUAGUAUUCCAGACUUCCAUCAAAGAUAAAACAAGAGUUCAACCAUCUUUCAGUGCUCAACACUCCACGAGUCCAGUACCACCAUGUAACUCAGGACAAGAACAUGGAGUAUCGUACAACAAUCAAGGUACCAUAUCUUGCUUGUUUGGUGCUGCUUAUUUAGUGUUGUUUGUGAAGGUCAAACUAAAAAAUAAAAUAUCCCCCAAAAAUAUGCCAGCCCUCAAAGCAAAUGAUGACCGAUAAAAAAAAAAAAACGUGGCAGCUAAUGUAAUUGAAUAGUAAACAGGUAAAGUCAAUUGUUAAGCAAUUUGAUCAGUUUCAUCUAGACAGGUUAAGACUUAAAGGAGUUCUCUAAUCACCAUACUACUACAGAGCAAUGCAGCCCCAUGGCACAAUUUCAAAAGUAUAUUCAAACUGUUUGACUGGUGUGCCACUAACCAUGGGUGUCACAGGUGCCAAUUGUCAAGUCCCUCAUUAGCGAUAUAGCUAAUGUAAGAGUACCCUUUUCAAUGUUUGGACGUAAGCCAUUGAAUUUCUUGUCAGUGAACAUUCUCAACCAGUACUUCCUGUCCAAAUUUGUGGAAUGGGAACUUCAACUUUAGUGAUGUCUCUAAUGAAGGGACAGAAAGCAUGUUCCCAGGAGAGCUACAGUUAGUGUCUAAUCAUUAGAAAGUAGAUUGUCACAUAAAUGUGGGACAGCAAUAGAGGACAUUUCUGAUUGCCGUUCUAGAUCAGCUUCAGAGGGAAGUGGUUACUAAUGGUAACAGAUCCUUUAUACUCCAACUGAGUAAAUCCGUCCAGUGUCUCCCAAAAUCCAAGUAGAAUAGAAGGUGUAGUGAAGUAUAGCUCCCAAUCCCCCAAACAUGAGCCAAAACUUCAUGAAGGGGUAAAACGAUCUGUUUAAUGACGGCCACAGCUUAGCCUUUUAUGCAGGACCUCCAGCAAGGUAUACUCCCACAGGGACCUUGUGGAGGACUGAAACACAAGUUACAGUAACCAAUCAUUAUUCAGUACAACAUAAAUUACUCGCACCAAUCAUUAUUCAGUACAACAUAAAACACUCGCACAUAAACAUUGAAAUCCGUCCUAUCUAUCCCGGAGAUAAUUGGGUUAAGUGUCUGUAGUAAACUCAAUUAUGUCCAGGUAGAGAAAAUAUUUUCAUUUUACAACUGUAACAAAAUACAUUAAAUCGAUAACUUAUAUUUUACCGAACGGAACCCCUGCAUUCGACAUAUCCCCAGAUAGCUUGGGUCUGAGUGCUCAAUAUAGCUGAACAGCACUCAGAUCUUACGAACACAGUCAAAUCGCCAUGGAGCUAAAGAGUCUUUCACCGACUGUUCGUUAGAAAACUGUUCAGAAAAUAGCUCCACGGAUUUAACUAUCUUGGGUCGGUCUCGUUCAGGAGUUAGAAUGUACCGAACGGCACUGUGUUUGUGUAAAUGGAGACGAAGGGAUGGAAGGUUGGAAGUCCCUGCGGUGUUCGUGAGAAAUAGUGGCCGAAAAUGGUUUCAUGCCGUCGACGACCAAACACAGCUAGGCGUUCGUCAGUUGAAGAAGGCCGCCGUCACGUGUUUGCUCAUACGAACAGUGACCACCCAGCCGUUCGUCAAAUAGUUGUAGUUAACCACAGCUUCUGGAUGGUUAAUAAGCGGCACACUCCCCUUGUGUGUGGUCUGCCUGUUGGGUAUUUUGUUCAGUUUUAUUAGAAGGGAAUGUAAUAGUGCCAAAUGCACGAACAGCAUGCAAAAUCAGGAGUCCUGGUAUUCCCACAACAGGGGUUUUGUCACAUUAAGUAUUCAUAACAAUACAGAAUUGUAAACCAAAUAUAUUUAAUGUAUUUCUUAACCUUUUGGCACCCAAAGGUUUAAACUACAGAAACUGCCAUAAGGGUUACAGAACAUCACCUGUUUCACUGACUUAUAGGAGGAAUCAAUUUUGAUCAGGGGACUGGGUGUCAAUUUUCUGUUACACAUAAUAUAGCCAAGUGGAUAGUCGUUGCCUGACACAUUAAGUCUUACAUUACAACUUAUGACUACAAUUGUGCUACCUAUAAGCAAUAUAUUUGAUCUGCAAAGUCCAGUGAUAUAUAAGUGUUUUUUGACAAUAGUGUUUCUUACAUUAAAAUAGCUUAAAGAUUUGUCAUAUAGUACAUACAAAUAUCAUAGCAGAUAUGUGUUUUUAACAGAUUACACAGAAGAAAUUGAUAAAAACCUGCCAUGGAAUAAAGACAUGGAAUACCCUGAGGAAGGAAACCGAAAUGAAGAUGAUUUUGAGCCACAUAUUGUUGCUACUACAGAAGAUGAUGUCUACAUAGCAUUCCAGACUUCUAUUAAAGAUAAGCCGAAAGGUCAAGGAUAUGUACCUGCUUUACAACCCAUAGGUCCAGAACCACCCUUUAACCAAGAAUGGGAAAGUGGAGAAUCCAACAUUGAUAAUGGUAAAUGUAUAUGUAAUUUUGGUGAGAGAAAAAACAGUUUUGUACAGCUCUUUUGGCUUGAUAGUGACUACAACUCAAUUGCUGUACUGGGAUCCAAUCUAUUAAAAGUAAAAUAUGUAGUGUUACUCCUGGAUUACUCAUGAAGAACAUAAUAUACAACAUGAGUUUUCAUUAUUAGUUAUACCUUUUUAUCUUUUUCAUAUAUGGAAACUGUUCUUCAAGUCUUCUUUGACUUCAUGUUAACUUGGUGGCUAGGUCUAGUUGGUGGUGUCGUGGCAGGAAUAGAGGGUGAUGGGUCCUGGAGGAUAGUUUCUCCCUUUAUACUCUGCUACUCUGGGAGUUAUUCUACAUUUGUGAAAACAUUUAGAUGGCACCUGUUAGAUCACACUAAAUCAAGAAAAUGAUUGGUAGACAUCCUCAUUUUUCAAUUAAUUGAACAAUAAUUAACAGGAAAAUAAAUGUUGUCACUCUACCCAGUAUAUAAUUUCCUGUCUUUUUCUAUAAGUAAUUGUGCCUAUUUUUAGUACACACAAUGCUAAGUACGAAUAUUAAGCAUUUGAAAUGCAUCAUGGAGUCUAACUAAUUUGUCUCUGUUGAGGAUGCUACAGUUUAAAAAUGUGUACUCAUUACGCAUCUGUCAAACAUGAUUAAGAGCACAUAAUACUAUUUGAGAGAGUCCAACCUGAUGGCCCAUCAGAUUUUUUGAUACUUCAUCUGUAACCAACAUAAUUGUUUAGAUCCAUAAGGCCUAAUAAAAAUAAACUUAAGCAAUGUUGAAUUUGAGUCACACUUUUAGGAUACAAGAAGUUAAAUGCCAAAUUUAGGAAGGACAUUAAUCUUAUGAGAUUAAGCUACGCAAUCAUUUCUCUUCUAUGAGACGUCUGUCAUUUUCUAUAGUUAAUAAAUUUAAUAACUAGAGCUUCAUAAACAAAAGUGAUUCAACUCCUAAAUGGCAGAGUAUUAAACAAGGAGACUGCAGAGGCAUGAUUUAUACACCAAAACUGCUUCAUAAUGCUAACGUUGUUUUGGUGACUAUAGUGUCCCUUUAACUUAGGGAACCUUCUUGUGUAUCUUUUUUGUUUUCAGCCUCCAUUACUUUACUCUACAUAUAUGGAAUUGUUCAUACUUAUUAGCUCAGAUUAUUCAACAUAUUUGUUGUGCCAUUUUAUGAACUACAGUUUUUAAAACAUAAUUAUAAAAUAGCACCUAUUUUUCUUCAGUCAUGUAGAUAUAUUGUGUAAUUAUGUCAGACUGCUGUUGACAUUUUGUAAGCAAUGUAAUUUUACUUGCCUGAAUAAUAAAUAAAAUUUCAAAAACUUCCGUUUGUGUAAUAUGGCUAUUCUUCCAAACUGCCAACAUGACUCACUAACACCUGAGGAUAUAGUUACCAGGGCAGAGGUGUCUUCAGAUAAGAAAAUUGUAUUUAGUUACAAUACUUAUAUAAUAACUAAAAAAUGAAUAUGUUUGUUUGUUACAGCUGUAGGAAGAGUAGACAGCAGCCUUCAAGACACAUACUGGGAUGAGGCCAGUUAUAGCUCCACUUAUGAUGAAGAAGACCCUUACAGCUUUGCUUAUGAGGAUGAUGACAACUUGUAUAUGGAGUUUCCCUUUGAAACCACCGAUGCAGAAUCAGGUGGAGGAAGUAAAUCCUCUUUUGUCCACCGAGCUCCUGCUCCUGCUCCUCGCCAUGGAGUGCCACCCACAGACAGCCAUGCAUCCUACAUCUCCCAAGGUAAAAAUUACUUUCAACAAAAGCCUAAACCACUGCAUGAAAAGUAUCAAUAUGACCAACACAGAAAUAUUUUAAGGUAAAAAAAAAUACACUGGGAAGCAUUUUAGGUUUGGAUUUUAAAUUCUAUAUAGACCAUAUUGACACUAAGUUUACUAUUUUUUCUGAACUAAGACUCUAGGGGACAUAUGUGCAAAUACCAAGUUCUCUUUUCUAUCCAGUAUCAGUGAGUGACAUCUGUUGAUCAGGAGGUAAGAACUAUUUAUUAUAAUAAUCCUUAGGCUGUAAAACAUAUGAAUGAAAAAAAUAGUUAUUAUCCUUUUAAGUGUCAUAAAAAUGAUAGUUCUGUAAAAUGCUUGUAGCAUCAAAUAUAAAAACUGCGAAACACGGUGGCUUCACUACUAACUGAACCAGUUAAUAGUCGAAAAUGUGACGUAAGAGCAAAGCUGUAUUUACAUCUUAGGUGGCUGUAGAUGCUGGGUUCUUAGGCAUCCGGACAUCCCAUCCCAAUAUCCACUUUUUUGUUGCUUGUGCCAUGAUGUGAAAGUCACACAAGAGAGCCAGUGGUACAUAUCUCACUCUCUCCCUGUAACAAAAUUAAAAAAAGUAUAUCAAAAUAAAUUUAAAAAACGCACAAGCUUGGUGCUGUUAGUACAGUCAGGAACUUGUAGCCUACUCCACCUACUGGUAUGUCUGAGUAUGAAAUAAUUGGCACAAAUAAACUUAAUAUGUUGCUUUAGGGUUUGUUUACAUUCUAGAGUGUCUGAGAUACUUUUUUACUUCUCUUGAACUAUUAUAGACGAAGCCAUCUACUAUCAUAUCAGGUUGGUAACACCUAUAGUAUACCUCCCAAUGUUUCAAACAGACAAAGAAGGAGCCUUUCAUUGGGGAGUGGCUGUUCUGAGACAUUUAAGCUAACUUACUAAUAACUAUUUAUUGAACUAAAAGGUAAUUUGGAACAAAAACAAUGUGUCUUGUCUACAGACUAAUUUCUAAACAUGAGUAUUAUUGCUGUGGAUCUAUUAUAUAUAUAUAUAUAUAUUGCAUAUUGUACUUCCCCCCCAAUAUGUAUAUUAAUUAAAUUUUACCCUAACAUGCACAGCAUGGAUUUACAAAUCAAUUGCUGUCAUGACUGCCAUAGAUAUCCAUGUUUCACAAAAUAGAUCACACAGGAAAAGCAGCAAGAGACUUCCAUUUCAUCUCUGAUGCUUUUUGUUGUCUCAGUUUUUUUACGAUGAAACCUUAUAUUCCAUACAAUAUCUAGUGUGACAGCAAUAAUCAGGGGGCAUAUCAGCUCUAUCUGGUUACCAGUCUGUCUAUUUUUUCUUUCAAUGUUUUAAUCACCUAGCUUUCUCUACCUGGUCACAUGAAAACAGUAUUAUUUGGAUGCUUAAAUAUGUAGCAUUGUGAAAAAGUAAUUUAUAUUAUUCACUUCUUUACAUGGCUAUCCAGUAAACCCAUUCAAUUUCAAAUUGUUUAUACAUAACAUAAAUUCACUUUUUCUUGGUUUUGCAAAUUCACAUUUUGCCCCCAAACCCCAGUUAUUUUCCACUUUGUUUUCCUUUGCUCCAGCAUUGACCUGCAAAAAAAACAAAAGACAGAAAAACCUCUUCACCAGGGCUUCACGAAGCAGAGCGGUCAGCCAAAAUGUGAGGCUUUUAUGGCAAAUUCCUACACCUUCAUGGUGCUCAGACAAUGUGGAAGUUUCACUUGAUAGAAAACAUAUUUGUUUAUUCAAUUGUAAUAAAAUUACAUUUUAAAAAUAAAAUCGGACGGCGGAGCCUGACCGGGAACCAAGAUGGCCGCAUAGAGUGAAAGCUCCCGCGAAAGGGCCCUUAAUACAGCUACUUACAAAGUUAAAAUCGGUGCAUGGACCUCCCAGAACACCCUCCUGCGUGUCGGGACCCCAACAGCCGCCUGCCAUCAUGGGAGGUAACCACAUAAAAUGUGACCUACCGCCAUCGGUAGCGUCUCUACUCAGGCCCCCACGAGGCCCGGCGCCAUCUUCCUCAUGGAAGACUCAGCCUCUGACUCAGAGCACAGUGAGGCUGCAGCUUCAAUGCCAUUGACUAAACGGGACCUCCAUCUCUUAUUACGCGAGGAGGGGGAACCAAGAUGGAUGCCCAAACUCUGAUUACCUUCCCCCAAAAAUAAGGGGGGGGACCAUUCACGAGCAUCCUCAAGCUUGCCCCCCCUUUAGGACACGGGCCAUUUUUACACCACACUCUCUUAUGGCAUCACAGCUGAUAAAAUGUACUGGUGGGGGCGAGGCAACAGGAGGUGAGGGGAGAUGGACAGGCAGGUCACUGGACAGGGGGAGAAUCUAUACAGCAGCGGAGGGGGGAGGGGAUAUUUAAACUUAAACUGAAAAUAUUCUCAAGGUGGGGGGGAGGGAUAAGGGGAAGGAGGGAAGAAAAAAAGAACGGGGGAAUAAAUAAAAAAGAAAAUAAUAAUUAUAUAAAAAAGUAUGUGAGUAUGUAUGGGUCGGUAAAUAUGUGUAUAUCUAUAUAUGUAUGUGUAUAGCAAGAAAUGUACCCACACAGACCCCACGAAACAACUAAACAAUUACUACAUACAUACUCCAAACUUGAAGGUUAUGCAGGGACCCAUAUAUUCUACCCUGACCUUCCUUCAGCACCAACUAGGAUAGCCCUGACCAAGCCUCCCCCAUCUAUGUGCACCAACUAAGACCUACACACGCCCAGAGCGGGAUGCACCUUAUAGCCACCCCACACUAUGUCCCACAACAUCAGGGACAAGAGUUUCAUGAAACAACGAAAACAGGAUGAACCCGCACACCCCAACCCACUUAGUCUAGCACAAGUCCAAAGACCAGGCAGUUAUUGCUAUUUGUUUUUUCUCUGUGAUGUUUUAUAGUGGUCUCAUCAGAUUGCUACAUGAAAGACCCUCUCGUUGGGGGGUCGGGGGACUGCACAUUGCUUGGGUAUCGGUCUUUCUGCUCCCCCACGCUGCUACAACACACCCACCCAUACUACAAUGCCUACUAAUCUAACAUGCAUCUUAAUCAGCUGCAAACGGUUUAAUAACCCCUCAAAACAACAUAAACUCAUGCGUUGGCCAACCGUACCAAAGCAGACUUUAUCCUCCUGCAGGAGACACACUACUCGGACGCACGCCCCUUCCCUCUCCUGAGCCGACACUUUAAGGCCUGCCACCUAGCCAAUUCAAACUCAGGCAAACACAAUGGAGUAGCAACCCUGUUAAGGAAAUCAUUCCCCUUCAAGCCACCAACACACAUAAAGACCCCCACGGACAUUUCCUUAUGAUAGCAGGAACAAUUGGCCCAUCCAAAUACAUGAUCGCGUCCAUCUACGCCCCUACAAUCCCAGUCCCAGAAUAGUGGAUCACUUUACAAACCCAUAUCAGCCUUCACCCCAACUGCUGCAAAAUCAUUGGAGGGGCUUUAACACUACAUAUACCCCAACGAUAGAUAGACUAACACAUCUGUGGUGAAACCGACCUCACCACUAGGCAUUGGAGAAGACUGAUUGCCAGCCUCCUGCCAUGUGAUUAUGGUCCCUGGAAGAUCUGGCCCUUUAAAUACAGUAUCUGGGCAUAUUGUAUUUCAUUGUGCUGUUUCUGGCCCUUUAAGUACUUUGGGAAGGGACAUGCAGUUUUGUCAUGGCACUUCGGAUGCAGCCGAAGUGCCGAAGUAGUCGAAGUGGCCACCAUUAGAAAACUGAACACGUGGUGGCGGCCAUUUUGAUUCAUUUGAAUGCAGUCAGCGGUGUGUGCCGUCAAACUCAUAGAACUAAAAUCAGCUACAGAACGGCACGAACACCGCUGAAGUUUUACCUUCCCUGGAACUAAUGCAUUCGACAGUUCAUUCAACAGUUCAAUCGACAAUUCGAAUGGUUGUCGUUCAUCGGUUUGAACUGACUUUAACAUGGGAAAUAGACUGGCCGCACAGCCUGAUCCUCUGGAACUGUUUUGGGCAUGAAAAUGUGCUUGCGGUCGGUCAAAGGUGACAUAUCUAUCUCCCGAACGGCUGAACAGAUUCGAAUGAUUUUUGGGUAUGUUUGUAUUUGAAAUUUGCUGAUUAAUAAUAUUACUUUUAUUAAUAUUGGAUGUAUUGUUUUAGAGUUAUGAAAGUUGGGUAAAAAGUAUGUUUUAAACUGUACGGCUAAUUGUGUUACCUCUCAGGCUAAGGGGAGGAGAUGUGUGGGAUGUAACCAGUGUGUGAAAGGGUAAUUCAUAAUUGUCUGUGGGCGUCUCCCUUGCAUGGGAGAAUUGCAUAAAAGCAGAGUGUGUCAUUAAAAACCUCAGUUCUACUUCACCCUCAAUUUGGAGUGUCGUCUUUUAUUGGGGGAAUCUGCUACAAGGGAUUGCUAUACUAGUCAUACUCUCUUGCUAAAAUCACUACUAAGCUCUUGUAAGAGCUUGUUCCUGUUUUGCCCUCUGAAGGAGUCUACGGUGGUUAUGGUGUCGGCUGGAGUGUUUGGAGCCCUCAGGAAGUGCUAGGAGCAUCCUUCAAUGGAGGUACUCAGUCGGGGUCCAGGUGAUCUGUUACAACAUCCAUCCCAGGCCAAAGCAAAAACCCAACCCUCCAGAUCGGACAAACUCAUGGCAGACUUUAUAUCCCAGACCAAGUUGAUAGAAAUAUGGAGAAUACACCAUCCAACAACGAAGGAUUAUAUAUUCUACUCACAUGAUAUUCCUGCAUAGAUUAUUUCCUUAUCUUCCUAUCUCUCCUCCCGCUCACAACAGCCACCUCAAUCGGCAACAUAACGUGGUCUGACCAUGCUGACAUCUCAGUGACAUUCCAACUGCCACAAAUCUCCAGACCAGGGUCCUGGAGGCUAAACCCCAUUUUACUCCAUGACCCACAAACAAUAAAUCAAGACUGAACUCACAAACUACUUCACUACAAACAAAGACUCAGUACAAUCCCAGCCAGUCCUAUGGGCAGCCCACAAGGCAGUAACCAGAGGCUCCCUCAUCAGCAUAGCCACUGCACACACAAAAAAAAUUCCUCGCACACAUAGAAACCAUUCUCACAACAAUCAAGAACCUCGAAAGCAAACACAAACAAACCCCAACUCCUGACCUCACAACACAACUCCAACACCAGAGACAAGCCCUCAAGAAUGCAAUGGCAGCUGACUCAACAAAAGCCCUAAAAUGGACUAAACAAAUGUUCUAUGAAAAAUCCAACAAAGUCGAUACACUCCUUGCAAGUAGGCUACGCAAGCGCACCCAAGCUAAACACAUAACCAACAUCCGCACCCCAUCGGGACACACCAUAGACAUACCCACAAGAAUCGCAGAGACAUUUCAAAAAUACUUCUCUGACUUAUUUGACCAAUCCCCCUAG